AAGUGUUUAGAUGUAGGAGAUGGAUGGAGCUCGCAGAGAGCCUCUCGAAUCCUGCUGAUGCAUAAUGCCUUUAAGAUCCUGCCUUUCCCCAUCCUAAUCUACAGAGGAAACAGGAAAAAGGAACUUAAAACUCCCUUUGCUUGCUCAGACAGCCACAGAGUUUUGUUCUAGCCCACUCUCGGUCUUGCAGUUAACUUGUUGCUUCCUGGGCCGGCGAGCAUCGCUCUGACGAUGCAAGCAAAGAGCAACGACUAAGGGGUCUUUUACCACUGAAAGGGGCAUCUGUUAUUCCGUGAACUGGAUGGAUAUACUUGGCAAAGCAGGGACUGUUUUGCCACUUCUGGUUUUCUGCGGGUUCAGCUUCAUGCUUUCAGGUAAGACUCCUUCAGUUACUCGGGGGGGUCUGUCAGAGGAUGUCAGUGAACUUCUGUAAUGCACCAAGGAAAGGUCAGAUUGCAAAAUCCUUUUCCCUUGUCUCGUUUGAUCCAAUAUACAUUUUAGAUUGGUGUAAUAAAUCUUUUCAAUAAUGAUGAUAUUGAUGGUCAUAAUGCGACUGUUCCUAACUCGGUUCAGAAGUAGCACAUCAACCGUCUGAGAAUUUGCUGAGAAAAGGACUCCCAAUUUUGUUCCCCGGGGCGCUUUGCAAAUACAUUUGACACACCUACAAUAUCAGGGUGUGUUUUUACUUUUGAAAUCUCUCAUUACAUCCCUUUCACUUUGCGAAUCUAGGCACUAAUGGGGUGAAACAUUGUUGUGAUAGAUGCAUUUAAUGUGAGUGCUUACAUUACAAACGGAUUUAAAUCACUGCUUAAUGGCAGAGUUAGCAUCCAUUGUUUAUAUAGAUUUGUGAGAACUGCAAAGUGUGGCAUUUAUUAUAAUUAGUGCUUGGCAAUUAAACGCAAGCUUUUAAUGCCUGGAGAUGUUUUGCUACUUCAGUCAAAGAUAGUGAUACUUAAAAUGAGAAAAUGUAGCUUGUUCCUUUUCCUUUUACAUUUUCUCUGUUUAUCACAAGUAUUGCUCACUUCCCUUAUCUCCAGGCAGUCUUUCUACACUGCAACAUUAAGGCUGCAAUCCUAAACAAACUUGAGAUGGGACCAAUUUUAUACUCACUCAGGAGUAAGUCCCAUUGAAUUUGGCUUUUUAAAGGAGCUGUUUAUAGGGAUGCACUAUAAGAAAAACUUUGCGAAGCAAGGCAGGUGGAAUAAGAAAAGUAGAGCAAAACUUGUGAUAACUAGCAUGUUGACUCGGGUGGUCUGGGUUCAAAUCCUCCAUAGCCAUGGAUUCACUGAAUGAGUUUAUCCAAUAUGUUUUUACUUACCUCACUGGUCCAUCCGUACAAUAGGAAUAAGAGGAGCCCAUUGCACAGUAUGCUUGUGAGGGGAAAUAAGAAGGGGAGGGAGCAGUUUUUUUUCACACGCCAUCACUUAUUGCUAACCAUUUACUCUGGAGGGUUGAUGCCAAAAUCAUUGCCGUGUUUAUGAUAUUUCUAUUAUGAUCUAGUCCCCUCUGUACUUGUGCGUUGGUUCAGGAAAUUUGAAAACUAGGUUGUAAAACAUGCUAUAAAUAACAAAAAACAUGCUAUAAAUAACAAAAAAAGGAGUCUAGAAUUCACCUCCAAAAACUUUCUAUUCCGUUCUUCUGGGAGCAACAAAAUCUGUAUCUGAUGAACUACUAGAACAGCCCUUCUCUAACUUGGCGCCAUCUAGAUUUUGUUGGACUCCAGUGGUCAGGAAUGGUGGAAUUUGUCACCUGGCACCAGGUGGGCAAAGGCUUUAGAGUACUAGAACAUCAUCCCCACAUUAGCUUCAUUGAGCGUCAAGCACUUGAAGAGAAAACACGGCAGAAAAGUCCGUAACAAAUGCUAACCUUCACACCUGUCUGAAUACACAGUGGUUCCGCAAGUAUGGUCUUUGUGUAAAUAUCUGUACAGUGGGUACAAUCCAAGAGAAAAUGAGAUGAAUUUCAGCCCAUUAAAAAUCAACAGGUUUAAAUAUGCCCGGCUCUUAGCUUGCAGCUUGCUUGGUGAUUCACAAAUGAGUUAGGAGAAGCUGCAUCUAGAGAAGCCUCAAAUUUAUUCAGGCUAAAAAGUUGCUAUUGAACAGACGAGAAAGCAGAGAUCAUAGGAUGCUUUGUGUCAUAUUAGGUUGUAUGUUAAAACGUUACAGAUGACCAGCUGCCAGCAUACAGAAAUCCCAUAUGUCUGAACAGAGGUCAGUUUUGGAGAAAGGAAGUGCACUUUUUGAGACUCCAUGUGGGGUAUUGGACAAAUGGUAAACUUCCACCAGGGAGAGCUGGGUUCAAAUCCUGAUCAGCACCCAUGAGGUUCAUUGUGUUACUUUGGCCAAUCACUGUGUCUUUCUCUCAGCCGAACAUACCAUCCAUGGGUAGUGUGGUGAUAAAAGCAGGGGGGAGGACAUACCCCUGUUUCCCACUUGGUCCUCUUUGGAAUAAAUGGAGCUUUAUUUAGUUUUUUUAAGUGAACUUAGCACACCUGCAGCUCUUUAUAUAAAAGAACAACAGCUACUGUACCCCUUCUGCUCUCCCGGUGAGAAUCUUUUCUCUUGUAUGAUGAGCAGCUGCCCUGAAGAUACUUAUUUUGGUAAUUGUCCCAUUGGCUCUGUCCUUGAAACCUCAACAUUUAGCCCUUAAAAUUACAUAGGCAUAGGUGGGAAUGGGAGAGGAAUGAAGGCAAGGAGAAGCCCUAGCGCUGAAAACCCGCCAAUCCACACGGCUCAGCUGCUUUAGGUGUGUUGUGUAGCCACACCCAUCUCAAUAGAUCUGUCAGCUUUCCCGCUUUUGUUCAAGUGUGAUAUCAUGUUUCCUGGGGCGAGCCGUGGAAGACAAUGCAAAUACGCCUUCCUUUAGAUACAACAGGCGGAGUCCAGGAAAACAGUAUUGACAUUCCCCCUGAGCAGGAGAGGCAAGAGAGUCAAUGGCAGAGCUUUUAAAACUCGCUUAACCUUGCCCCCAAGUGGUUGUGGGGAAGGAAAGAAGGGAGGAGGUCUGUUGCGGGUGUUGCCACUGCCCAGAAGGCGAAAAUCAACUCCACCCUUGUUCCAAGGUGGGGACAAGGCCUCCGAGCACGGCUGCCAAAGAAAUUGCUUUCCUUCCCUUUCCUUGUGUAACCCCAUAGAUCUGCCAAAAAAACUGCUGCUGUAGGCAAUAAAGGAAGGAAUGUAUUCCCCAUUCCGACAUAGGUGUAACUCCGAUAAACAAAAAUGCCCUUAAAUGCUGAGUGAAGCCAUUAUGUGAAAGCAACAGAAUGCAAAAUCUACCAGCAUAGGUAAAGGGUAAAGGGACCCCUGACCAUUAGGUCCAGUCGUGACCGACUCUGGGGUUGCGGCGCUCAUCUCGCUUUAUUGGCUGAGGGAGUCGGCGUACAGCUUCCGGGUCAUGUGGCCAGCAUGACUAAGCCACUUCUGGCAAACCAGAGCAGCGCACGGAAACGCCGUUUACCUUCCCGCCGGAGCAGUACCUAUUUAUCUCCUUGCACUUUGAGGUGCUGUCGAACUGCUAGGUUGGCAGGAGCUGGGACUGAGCAAUGGGAGCUCACCCCGUCGCGGGGAUUCGAACCACCAACCUUGUGAUCGGCAAGUCCUAGGCUCUGUGGUUUAACCCACAGCGCCACCCGCGUCGUGGUUUAAACUCCGUAUGCCACGACAUGUAGCAAUAUUAUUAUUACUAGGAUUUCUUAUCUGCCUUUCACCAUAAAUCUGCGUUCGAAAUUAGCCAGGCGCCAGGUGCAUUUUGCACCUGGUGCUCGACCACCUGCAACCAAGUGAAGAUACCUGGGUGCCAGGAUAGUGCCUGAUGUCUCCACCAUCUGGAGUCGCAUGCCUGGGGAUCCUAGUAUCUGGACUAUUUCCACAUACAGUCAAAUCUCGGUUGCCGAACGUAAUCCGUUCUGGAAGACCGUUUGGCUUCUGAAAUGUUCGACAAUGGAGGCGCGGCUUCCGAUUGGUUGCAAGAACCUUCUGCACUCAAGCGGAAGCUGCGUCAGACGUUCGGCUUCCAAAAACGUUCGAAAACCGGAGCAUUUACUUCCAGGUUUUCUGCGUUCAGGAGCCGAAACGUACCAAAACAGAGGGGUUCGGCAACCAAGUUUUGACUGUACCAGCAACACAUCCUGCCGAAUUCUAUCCGUUAUAUUUUAUUGGCACAAUCCAAAUGAGUUUUACGAGCCAAAAAGUCAUACAGUGGUACCUCGGGUUACAUACGCUUCAGGUUACAGACUCCGCUAACCCAGAAAUAGUGCUUCAGGUUAAGAACUUUGCUUCAGGAUGAGAACAGAAAUCGUGCUCUGGCGGCGCGGCGGCAGCAGGAGGCCCCAUUAGCUAAAGUAGUACCUCAGGUUAAGAACAGUUUCAGGUUAAGAAUGGACCUCCGGAGCGAAUUAAGGACUUAACCUGAGGUAUACCACUGUAUUGAGAAAUACAACUUUCGAGCCGUCCGGCCUCAAAAUGGCAACGAGGCAUUCCAUUUUGGCAACCCUAACCCCGGUUUAAGGAGCCAUUUGGCGCCUAGCUUAUAUAUCUGAGUUUCUGACCCUGCCAUAAAGUCCCAUGAGGUUCCAGGGAAGGUUUCAACAAUAUAAAUAUACAUUUUAAAAUCAGUUUUAAAAUGUACACACACACAAAUAACAAUCAGAAGAAGAGACCAUGGCUUUAAAAUACCUUUCUUGGGUGUCCCAGGCUAAGUGAAAGAGGUGGGUAUUCAGCAUAUGACAAAAACUAUGCAAUGAGAUUACCAGGCACAGCUCUGUGAAAAAAGAAAUUUCACAGAUUAGGGACUGCCUCAGAGACCGCCUUCUGCCAGCCUCAACCCCCUCUCACAUUUCAACAACAUUUGCUUCCUUUAUUUGAUAGUGGUGGGAGAAUUAGGAAGGCAAGGAACCAGUAGUUGUCACUAAGCAAACACAGUUACACUUUAGCCAUCUUCAUAAAUGAAUUAUGUGAAGGCAAAAGGUAAAGGUAAAAGACCCCUGGACAGUUAAGUCCAGUCAAAGGCAAUGAUGGGGUUACGACAUUCAUCUCGCUUUCAGGCCGAGGGAGCUGGCUUUUGUCCACAGACAGCUUUCCGGGUCAUGUGGCCGGCAUGACUAAACUGCUUCUGGCGCAAGGGGACACCAUUAUGGAAACCGGAGCUCAUGGAAACGCUGUUUACCUUCCCGCUGCAGUGGUACCUACUUAUCUACUUGCACUGGUGUGCUUUCGAACUGCUAGGUUGACAGGAGCUGGGACAGAGCAAUGGGAGCUCACUCUGUUGCGUGGAUUUGAACUGCCGACCUUCUGAUCAGCAAGCCCAAGAGGCUCUUCAUGCAUAGGCUUUUGUAUAAGUCUUGCACCAUCGGUGCUCCAGCUUCCACUGAAUAUUUCAUGUACAGAAAGGUCUGUAUUAACAGAGUUCCCCUGCUCAGUUGUCCACACUCAACACACAGUGGUUGGGGGCAGGAAAGCCACGCAACACCAGGGGGAUGGGGCCCAUGGUGCAUUGCAUGUCAGCUCCCUCGCACAAUUAACACAACAAGGCAGCUUAUCGUUCAGCCUGAUCUUAAACCAGCUUACAGAGAAGUACAGUAUACACCACUGUGUUCACCGAGACUUACUUCCUAGUAAAUGUGCAUAGCAUUGUAGCCUUAGACAAAACAACAGCAGUCCCGGCAAACAGACUGGGCAAACUAUGACUCAGAUAGACACCUUUGCACAAUAUAUUCAUAUUGCAUAUCCAUAUUUUAUAACGGUACAGUGGUACCUCAGGUUACAUACGCUUCAGGUUACAGACACUUCAGGUUACAUACUCCGCUAACCCAGAAAUAGUACCUUGGGUUAAGAACUUUGCUUCAAGAUGAGAACAGAAAUCGUGCUCCGGCGGCGCGGCAACAGCGGGAGGCCCCAUUAGCUAAAGUGGUGCUUCAGGUUAAGAACAGUUUCAGGUUAAGUACGGACCUCCAGAACGAAUUAAGUACCUAACCUGAGGUACCACUGUAUGCCAUUUUUAAAAAAAAACGUUAAAUAUGUUAUUUGAAAUCUCCACAUGUCACAAGGCUAUUGCACAAGCAAUUCUCUCUUAAUUUUGAGUCAGGGUCACACAAGCACCACAGCCCCAUGGGUAGGGGGGUUCAAACAAGACGUUAGUAAAUUUAAUGAAUGCAUGAGGGCGGGGGUCACAGAGUUGCAUGACCCUAGGCCUUUUCUCACCAGGCACAAUGAGAAAGCCCCACGACGGUGGCCCACACAUAUGGCUAACACCCAAAGGGAAUCUGUAUGUGAAAUUAUGCACACACCCUCCAAAUGCAUGAUGGGGGGGCACCGCUAGCCUACGUGGUUCCUCAAGCCCCCUCAUGCAUUCUUUCGAUGCAUGAUACGCAGUUUUUGACAGUGGCUUGACACCUCCUCCCUUGGGUAGGUAGCAAUGUGUAUUGUCUUGCAUGCUUCAAAAUGUGGUAAGCUAACCCUACUGUAUUUGGGAGACCACCCUGCAUAUUCUGUUGGGUGGAGCCCAGGACAUAUUGUCCACAGCCCUAUCCUCCUGAGGGACGCGGGUGGUGCUGUGUUCUCAACCACUGAGCCUCUUGGGCUUCCCAAUCAGAAAGUCGGCGGUUCGAAUCCCCGCGACGGGGUGAGCUCCUGUUGCUCUGUCCCAGCUCCUGCCAACCUAGCAGUCUGAAAGCAUGCCAGUGCAAGUAGAUAAAUAGGUACCCCUGCAGCGGGAAGGUAAACAGCGUUUCCAUGCGCUCUGGUUUCCGUCACGGUGUCCCGUUGCGCCAGAAGCGGUUUAGUCAUGCUGGCCACAUGACCCAGAAAGCUGUCUGUGGACAAACGCCGGCUCCCUCGGCCUAUAGAGAGAGAUGAGUGUGCAACCCCAGAGUCAUCCGCGACUGGACCUAACAGUCAAGGGUACCUUUACCUUUACCCCUUUCAAAUACAGUUUGAUGGCCGUUUCCCGUUUCAAACUGGUUAAUCUUAAAGGUGUCACACAAAACUGUUAACACGGGACUCGCAAAAUGGGAAAUGAUUAUUCCCCUCCCCUAAACAUUCCUGUAUCGAAAUUGGUUUUGCUUGUAACUUACUUAAAACCUUGAUCGUUACCCUAAGUGGUGAUACAUUACAAAAACCAAACCUUUGACUGGUCUUAACUGUCCAGGGGUCAUUUUCCUUUACCUUUUUACCUCCUGACAACACCACUGAAGGUAUAGGUUGAUUCAGCUCAGUGCUAUUUUUCUAGAAAAAGAGGUGCCAGAACCAGUGGUGUCGCCUGGGGAAGGCCAGCGGGGCAGUGGCCAGGGGUACCUUUGUGGAGGCAUAUUUUACUCUUUGCUGCCCUGCCAGUCCCACGCCACUUUGCAAUGCCGCAGGGCUGGCUGAGGAGGAUGCAACAAGCAUGUGCCCUCCCUCCUCCCACAGCCUCUCAGCAUCACAAGGCAACAUGAGUGUGUCCUUUGGGUGCAUGUGAGUUAUGCUCACCAAGGGCUGUGGGCGAGAAGGGGCACAGCGUGGCCCCACUUGGUGGUGGUGGGCCGGUGGCAGCAUGGGCUGGGCACGGGCUCCAUUCACCCUCCACACUCUGAGCCUUGCCCCCCGGAUACACGCACCCCCGGACGCAUGGUAGGUGCCCACAAUGCCACUGAGCAAAACUCACUACGAUCACCUUCCUUGUUCUCUUAUAAUGGCAACGGUGCCCACCUGAGAGGUGACGGAAAUGCGUUCAGGUGAGUUCCAGGUGAAAAGAAGGCCUGAUUUGUCUCUUCAGUGCACAGCAACCAUAUGAGAAUAAUAAUACUCCAAUUUUCUGGAUCAUGGAUUGGCUAUAUUAUCUAGAUAUUGACAAAGUGGCAGAAGAAUACGUUUUUCAGAUUGGCUCAGACAACUGUAUCUGUUGGGGGGAUUUGAAUAUUCACUGAAGGGGUUCUCAACCAGCCCAUGCAAGAGUUUCUUUUCAAGUUGUUGUUGUUGUUGUUGUUGUUGUUGUUGUUGUUGUUGUUGUUGUUUCUACCCCGCUCAUCUGGCUGGGUUUCCCUAGCCACUCUGGGCAGCUUCCAACAGAAGAUUAAAAAUACAUUAAACCAUCAGUCAUUAAAAACUUCCCUAAACAGGGCUGCCUUCAGAUGUCUUCUAAAUGUAAUGUAGUUGUUUAGUUCUUUGACAUCUGGUGGGAGGGCGUUCCACAGGGUGGGUGCCACUACCGAGAAGGCCCUCUGCCUGGUUCCCUGUAACUUGGCUUCUCGCAGUGAGGGAACCACCAGAAGGCCCUCAGCGCUGGACCUCAGUGUCCGGGCAGAACGAUGGGGGUGGAGAUGCUCCUUCAGGUAUACAGGACCGAGGCUGUUUAAAGGUCAGCACCAACACUUUGAAUUAUGCUCAGAAACGUACUGGGAGCCAGUGUAGGUCGGCGGCCGCUCCCAGUCACCAGUCUAACUGCCGGAUUUCGGAACUGCCACAUUUCGGAACUUUCCAGGUCACCUUCAAAGGUAGCCCCACGUAGAGCACAUUGCAAUAGUCCAAGCGGGAGAUAACCAGAGUAUGCACACCUCUGGCAAGAGAGUCUGCAGGCAGGUAGGUCUCAUCCUGCGUACCAGAUGGAGCUGGUAGGUAGACAGCUGCCCUGGACACAAAAUGGACCUGGGCCUCCAUGGACAGCUGUGACUUCAAAAUGACUCCCAGGCUGCACACCUGGUCCUUCAGGGGCACAGUUGCCCCAUUCAGGACCAGGGAGUUUUGUUCUGAAUCUCACUAGUUACUCAGUUUUGUGGCCUUCCAGUGCCUUAAUUGUGGUGCUACAGCAAAAAUGCCUGGGAGGCCUCCCUACACAACAAUUCACGUGUAUUUUACAUGGAAAAGUUAAUGUGAAUUAUUGUCUUGCAUUGAUUUUAUAUGCAUGCCCAGAUUGGGAGUAUCAUGCCCAAGUUCAAACAAUUUUAUCCAUGAAAAUAGGGGUAGGGGACCUGUGUCCCUCCAUAUGUUGGACUACAUGUCCCAUCAAUCCCAGCCAGCAUGGCCUGUGGUCGGGAAUGAUGGGAUUUGUAGUGCAACAACAUUUACCUGAAUAUGAACUGAUACUUCAAAAAGUAACCGAAACCCUCCCGUCUCAGUGACACGCAUGAGACUCAGGCCAGUCACUUUUAGAUAAAGUAAUGCAUAACAAUCAUUCUUAAACGUAGCCACGUCGAUUUCCAGUAACAAUUCUACAGCACCACACAAACGUACCUAAAAGCCUAGAAAGCAAAACCAAAAGAGGAAAAAUAUAUCAGGGCAAAAGGAACUAAGAGCAAAAGGAAAUGCUGUUUGCGACUUUGCUCCACUUAGCAAAAUCAAGAGGCUACACAAGAGGCGAGCUAAAUAGGGGACUGUUUCAACGGGGGAAAACAAUAACUUAAAAGCCCUGUCUGUUAUCUCUCUUGGAAAGUUGUAAUCUGUUCCACCUUCCAUACGAAGCUGAUAGGGAGGAAAUGUGAAGUUAGAAAGGAAACUUAAUGAUUAUUCUGCAAAAACAUGUCAACAGUUUCUUAGGCAGCGUGAUUUUGUUCCAUAAUUUUAUUUUGUGAGUUGCACGUACGCGCACACACACACACAAAACAUGUUUUUUUUAUGGCUGGGAUAUUUUCUGAGCUUAAGCUAUUUUCACACUGGAGGCAAAUUGGUGAACUAUGGGCAAUGCUCUCCAUUAUAAAUAGGGAAUACUGCUUGACCAAGCAUUGGCAGUUUGUCCCUGGUAUUCAAAUAGAGGGGCAUAGGCAUGGUUCUCUCAUUUGGUCUUCAGCAUUACCUGCCGACAUAGUGAACUGGUGUGUGAAUCAAUCGGCCAGGUUUUCUGUGACCGAAUGCCUCAGCUCGGCCAAUCCCAAAUACGGUACUUCCUAGGAAGUGAGCAGAACAUGUGGACGUACCAAGACAGAAACGAAGUCAGCAAUCUCUUUGGGUGGGGGACAUCGUCGUGUGUUCUGGAACUGGAAGGCAGUAAGAGUGGCAAAUUAUACUUGGAGAAGCAAGUGGUUUUCAUAUAGCGCCACAAUAUGCGUGGAACGUGGAACCCUGACAAGAGGAUCAAGGUCAAAGUUCUAAAACUGGAUAAUGGCCUUGAAUCUAGGUAUUCAGUGAACUGGAUUUACAAGGACAAGGUAUAUUGUGUGUGUGUGUGUGUGUGUGUGUGUGUAUGUGUGUGCCUCAUAAAAAGGGACACCGGUGGCACUGUGGUCUAAACCACUGAGCCUCUUGGGCUUGCUGAUUGGAAGGUUGGCGGUUCGAAUCCCUGUGACAGGGUGAGCUCCCAUUGCUCUGUCCCAGUUCCUGCCAACCUAGCAGUUCAAAAGCACACCAGUGCAAGUAGAUAAAUAGGUACCACUGUGGCAGGAAGGUAAACAGCGUUUCCGUGCGCUCUGGUUUCCGUCGCGGUGUCCCGUUGCGCCAGAAGUGGUUUAGUCCUGCUGGCCACAUGACCCGGAAAGCUGUCAGUUGACAAACGCCGGCUCCCUCGGCCUGAAAGUGAGAUGAGCGCCACAACCCCAUAGUCACCUUUGACUGGACUCAACUGCCCAGGGGUCCUUUACCUUUACCUUUUACCUCAUAAAAUUGAUCAGGUAAGAUGUGUAGCUGUGGCAUGAUCUCAAGUGUGAUUCCAGUAUUAUUAUCAAGCUGAGGUGUAAACCCUCCGAGUGUCCCUGUUUUCCAGAAACAGCCCCAGAUUUACAGAAGCUGCCCCGGUUUCUGAUUUGAUCCCAGGAUGUCACGCUUUUCCUUAGGAUGUCCCUAUUUUCAUCAGAGAAAUGUAGGAGGAUACGGAGGUGGUUGGACCCUUUCAUUCAAAUCCUUAUUCCGCAGGUGGCAAGUUGUCUUCAUAGAGAGGUGAAAGGACAGAAAGAACAGCUGGUAUCAAAGGUCUGUUUGAAGGAGACACAGAGGAGCUCCAGCGUUUUGCAGACAGUUGUCUCCUAGCUCUCCCUGUGGGUUUGUUCGUUUUGCUCCACGUUCCUGAUAAAAUCCCAAUGCGCAAAACAUAUGGGAUAAAUGAAUGACCAAGUGACGUGUCUGAGCUUGCUAGCUGGCUGAAGUGAAAUCAAGGUAUUAAAGAAAGAAUGCUGCCUUGGAAGCCUCCAAAAGUGCUGGUAACUUUCCCACGGGCAUUAGAGCAUUAAAGUUGCAAGCUUUUUAAGAGUGUGGAGUCUGGAGCAGGAGACAUACCCACAAUGCACUUCAGUGCUCUCGGGUCAAUAUAGUUUCAUGAAGUGUGUUAAAACAGCUGCCUGCUAAACAUCUGUGUCAUGUGCACAAAUAUAUACAGUUGUACCGGUUUGCAAACGUUCUUUGCAAACCGAAUAUCUGACGUGGCUUCCACAGCUUCCGAUUGGCUGCAGGAGCUUCCUGCAUCCACUUGGAAGCUGUGCCUUGGUUUCUGAACAUUUCGGAAAUCGAAUGGACUUCCGGAACAGAUUCCGUUCGACUUCCGAGGUACCGCUGUAUUUCAGCUUUAGCUUUUUGCAGCAUGACUAUCCGAUGAUUGGGAAAGUUUCAACUCUUGAAGGUUUUUUGCCUGGGAUGCAAUUCAGAAGGGCACAUUAACCCUGUAAUAAAGGAAGGAAAUGUUUUAUUGGAGGGUGGACUAUGGUUACAUUAACGAGGUGUUAACUGUGCUUGCAACGAACCAUUUGCACACUGUAGGGUUCAUUUUAGAGGCUCGGUGAGUGCCAGGGUGCUCCUCACAUCGUUGCAGCUCGACUUAUCCCUGGGGGGCAGGGGAAGCCAGCUGGCAAUGUGGCACACAGGAACUCCCCAGCUGCAGCAGGAGCCGGGGAGCUCCCCAAAUCGUUGCCACUCAUCUGAGGGCAGGGAAGAAGAGAGGUAAUGCCUCAUGCUGGAACACCUCCCUCUCAGCAGCAGAAGCAGCCGGACUAACCGAUUGGAAGGUCGGCGGUUUGAAUCCCCAAGACAGAGUGAGCGCUCCCGUGGCUCUGUCCCAGCUCCUGCCAACCUAGCAGUUCGAAAGCACACCAGUGCAAGUAGAUAAAUAGGUACCACUGCAGCGGGAAGGUAAACGGCAUUUCCGUGCGCUCUGGUUUCCAUCAGUGUCCCAUUGCGUCAGAAGUGGUUUAGUUCUGCUGGCCACAUGACCCAGAAAGCUGUCUGUGGACAAACGCUGGCUCCCUCGGCCUGAAAGCAAGAUGAGCCCCGCAAGCCCGCAGUCACCUUUGGCUGGACUUAACCAUCCAGGGGUGUUUUACCUUUUACCUUUCAGAUGCCACAAGGGCAAAUAUAUUGAAUCUUCCCCUUUCAUUUGCUAAUCCAUCCUGAAUUUGCCCCAUUGCUAGUAAAUAGUAGGAAUAAACCAGCAGCAAAGAAGACUUUAAGAGACAUGACUUCAAUAAAAGAAGUAUUUCCAUUAACGUAUGAUGAGAGGCAUUUCUUUCAGCGAUUAUUUCUGUAGAAAGCAUUAAUAUAUUAAUUGACUAUGCAUGUUCUUUUCCGAAGGCUUUCUUUGUCCAUUAGGUAAUGCAUAGCUAUCUGUUCAAAGAGUGUGAUUGUGACAAUCUCAUUGGGAGUGGCCAGUAUAAGUGUGUUUCAAUGUGCUUCAUCCUACCCUAGUGGAAAAACGCUGAUACAUAAAUGUGCCCCACUCCCUUUGAUAGAGAGCCAAAGUGCACAUGUUAAAAACCUAUGGGAAACCCUGGCUUUCUUCGUAUUCUGCAUCUUAGCGCAUUACUUCUAUAACUCAGGAAGCUCUUUGAAAACUUGACCAAACUUAGUAGGCCUAUGGAGGUUCCACUGCGCAUAUGCAGAGUGCAGCUGACUCUAAACAUAAAGGUGAAACCAAAGAGUAAUCACAUGCUUUACUACCCAGCGCAUUCAAAAUCACAUAUUAGCUGGAAGCACACUUGACAUACCUUGCUGGGGCAGAGUAGGAUCUCUCCAGAAACAACCUCAAUUAACAUAGACAUUGCAGCAGAAGCCGGCUGUGCACAGUGCUGAUUGGCAAGUACCUGUGAUGUUCUCAAGAAAGUUUCGCCAGAAUUGGAGCCGUUUGGCAGCUUGGUUAGAGAACGGAUUGUGCUUUGAAAUUUAAUAACAAACUUUCCCCUUUCUUUGCCAGGUAAUGUGGAAGGAGCAUUUGACUUGAUACUGAUCAAUUCCCUCCCUACCGUGGCUGAUUCAGAGACAUCGCUGACCUGCAUCACCUCAAGAUGGCGUUCUCGGGACUCAAUCACCAUUGGGAGAGACUAUGAGGCCUUGAUGGGCCAGCACCCGUACCCCCUGGCCGUGGCUGAAGACGAGGCGAGAGGGGCAGCGAAGAAAGUGGUAUGGCCAAGGGAAAAAUCCGGCGAAAGCAUUGGAGCGUAUUUCUGUGAAGGAAAAUUCAAAGACAAAGCGAUGAGGGUACAUACGAUGAAGAUGCAACAAACAGGUACCUUAUGCAUUUGCAAAAAAAGGUGUGUCAUGCUUGAAAAUAGACUCUAAAUAGAUAGCAGUAGUUACCCACGGGCAAAUAUUAAUUCUAAAUAGGAUAAGGUGCUUCUCGUGGUACUUUUGAAGAGCACCAGUUUAGCUUUGGCCUGGGAAUGGUGCGUUUUAUAAAGGGCUAGAGGCCUAGCCUUGACUGCGAGCCCAUAGCUCAGUUGGUUAGAUCAUGGUGCUGGUAACACCAAGGUUGCAGGUUUGAUCCCCAUAUGGGGCACCUGCAUAUUGCUGCAAGCUUAUUUCCCUGAAUUUGCAUAUUCCGAUUUGAUGGACCCAGUUAGAAACAGUGCUGGACCAUCUAACAAUCUGAACAAAGAGGUGUAGACCUAGGCUCUCCUCUAAAACAGAGAAACCGAGACUUUGAACUUUAACUUUUUAGCUGAGAGACUGAGAGACAGGGAAGGAUGUACCCUCCAACAUUUCUCCAAUGAAAAUAGGGACAUCCUAAGGAAAAGUGGGACCUUCCUGGAGCAAAUCAGAUGGAUAAUACACAGUCCUCCUCUACUCAGAAAUUAGUUCAAUUGAGUCAAAUGGGCCUUACUCCCAGGUAAGUGGCCAAAGAAUUACAGCCUGAGUAUUAGAAGACCAGACAAAUCUUUAGACCGAGUCAUCCCUAGACAUUAAAUUAUGCGAGCUAGCAAUCUUAUGCAAAUGGACGUGAUCAACACAAGCUCAUCAAAGGUCUGUGAUAAAUUAAAAGUUUUGAAGUAGAAGAGUUCUGAAACUUCCUGGAACCCUUGACAAAACUAAGGAGCUGGAAACCCGUUUCAGUUAUUGGAGUAUUAUGAAAUGCUUUGUUUCUGAGCUCCUUUGAAAGUUUUGUGCAUGUUUUGGCAUGGACUGCAUACUACAUUAAUUAUAUAUAUUUUUUCCCCGAAAGGACAUCAGCCCAUCCUCCAGAUUUUUUAUCAGAGCAGACAAAGCUUUCCUUGUUAAUUUUCUUGAAACAGACAAGGAAUUGUGUGUGUAGCUGAAUGUCUUAAUGUUUAGGACCAAAACAGAACCUCAGAAUGAUCUCAUUCUCCUAGCCUGAAAAAGACAUUUUGCCAUGUGUUCCAGGGGCCAUUUGUCACACAUCUGUUUUCUCCCCAGUAGAGUCUUCUGUGUUAUAUGUCCUUCCCAUGGCCGUUCAGCAGAAAAAAUGUAAAUUAAUUGCACUUUGGAAGUGACAUGUCGUUGAUUUGAUUUAGCCCCAUCAUGUCAGCCAAACCCAGGCCAGCUUAUCCCAAGUUUGCAAAGUGUGGAAAGUCCUAUUUGGGCGCUCCCGUGAUGAGGGACAAGGAGAUCCACACACCCUUUGUAAUCCUGCUCUGCAAGAGGCUGGGAUCACAUUGGCAGCGAGGAGCACUGAAUACUUCUGCAGGUUCCUCGCACGAUGGUUCCAAACAUCUGCCUCCAGCUCGUUGAUGAGCAAAUAUGAUAAUAAAAAAGAAAAUCACAGACUGAUUGUCAGGGGACUGCCAUCGGAACAGGGAGGGGAAGCAGAGGGGCAGUUGGGUUACAGGGAACCUCCGAAAAACUUGCGAAGCAAUUCCUCUUCCUGUGGUGGGGAAAGCCACACCUCCAGUGGGGAAGAGGGGAAGGGACCAGAGGAUGCUGGUGGGAGCCCCAGCGCCGCACCUUGUCAGUCUGAGGGUAGGGAAAGCCACACCUCUGGGGUAAAGGAGGGGAAAGGGCUAGGGGAUGCUGCUGGGAGCCUCAGCACCACUCCUGGCCAAGCCAGCCAGGAGGGAAGCACCCCUCUUCUGUUGCCCACCUUGCGCAGAGGUGUAAAACGCAAAGAAGGAAGGAAAAGGCUGGGGGUGACUAAGCUAUUAUGUUGGGGGAGGACCCAGAAACGACCACUCCCGGAUUCUGCUAGCGAUUGAGGCAGACAUGAACUUGUGGUUCUGCACUGUAAAUAGCUUUGCACCAAAAUAAAACCUGUAAAAGACAGGUCGGAGUCCUGACUGGUUGCUUGCGAGCAACCACCAUUGCCAUCUGACACAGAUGAAGAAACGUGUAGACUUAAGACUGGGAGAAUGGAAAACUGGGAGAGACCGAAAUUGACACCUGUGCCCAUCCCUAGUUGGUGGUAAUGGGAAAAGGCAUCUUUGCCCAUUACCCCGGAGAACAGCUGCUACUCAGAGUGGAUAACAAUUCAUAUUUUUUUUUAAUAAUUUUUAUUAAAGUUUUGAACAACAAAGAAAGAAAAGAAAAACAUACACAAUACAUAUAGCAAAAACAAAAAAAACCCAAGAUUCAACAAUAAAAGAACAAAAAACAUAACAAUUAAAAACAAUAUCUCUUUUCCAUUUCCGUUUUUUAGUUACUUAUUUUCUGGACUUCCUCAUACCUCCCUCUUUUGUAUUCCAAUCCAAAUUGUUUGUCCAGCAAUUUCUUUUCCACUUUUUUAAUCCCAAUCUUUAGCUUUAAUAAGAUAUUGAAAUAUAUAACUUCAACUUCAGAGUGGAUAACAAUUCAUGUCCCUCCAAUAACAGCAGGUGUGUUUGAAAUAUAUGGAGGCAGCAAAGAAACUGCUUCUGAAACAAGCAGGGGUGUUUUGGGACCACCGUUUCAAGGCAAGGGGAGGAGUAAUGGUUGGGAAAGCCAACUCCAGCGAAACUUCAUUGUGCGCGGAAGUGCUUGUGUAUAUACCUCAAGGAACCUUUGUAUCCUUGGCCAAGAUGCUAAUCGACAUGUGAUGCUAACAGGCCUCUGCUCCAAAGCCCAGUUAUUGUUCCUCUCUGAAUAGUGAGUUCCAGGCCAUUUGUAAACUAAUGAAUUAACUCAAAUAUAGGCCACGAGCUAAAAAUACGUUGGAACAGAGCCCAUUAAAGAAGGUGGAUUCCUUUCCAGUCCAACAAUACUGUGAACCCAAGAGUUUGCAGAUAAACUAAACAACACCUACAAAAGGACUAGGGCUUUGGGGUGGCUGGGUUGGUGGGUGGGACUCAAGGAAGCCAAAAAAGAAACAUGUUUUAUUCCAAAGUAUUUUUUUUUGUUAAAAAAACUAACUAACUCCAAACAGCCUUCAUGGAUGAACCCUGCAAUUCUGGCUUGUGGAAUCAUUUGCAACAAACUUGUUUAUCCUUUCUGCUGACCAUUGCCAAAGUAUUCAUUGUUGUUAUGCUUCCGCCCCGCCCCCCCCCUUUCUGGAGGAUUUAUAUGAGUUUCCAAAAGAGAGUGCAAGCUAUGAAUUGAGUUGCCCCAUCUUUUCACAUUUAGAUUGCUCCCCCAGUAUAUCACAUUUCCACCUUCUGUUCUGAAGGACUAGCAAAGAGGUAAAGUUUAUUAGAGCUAAUCCACAUUUCAUUCAAACCAUUUUCCCCCACCACCUUUAUUUUUUCAUUUUAGCUACCUUUCUUCCCGUGGCUUUAACCAUUACCACAAACCGCGGAGAACCUGUCGACAUUCCCUUCAUCAGAAAGGUUGUUAAGGAAGAAGAUGCAGUUAUCUAUAAAAAUGGUAUCUAUGUCCCUUUUUUCUGCUUUUAUGGUUAACACGUGAGCACCUGUGUUGAUAUGACGCAGGGUUCAGUCUAUGAUCUGAGAAGACUCUUAGGUGGCCUCUUAUUAAGGGUUCUUUAGGUGUCAUCAGGUGUGGGGAAGGAGCAUGUGAACUGAAAAUGAUGAAUUAUGAGUGCCCACCUCACACAUCAUAGGCAUGUGUUAGAAAGGCGUGUGUUAGAAGUGUCUGAAAUGUGCUUCUUAUCUCUCUUGAUAUCUUAAUUGUUGCUAGUUGAAUGUAUGCUCUUGAAAAGUUUAUCUUAUGGGAAGUCUUGUGUUUGAGGUAUGAGGCACCCUGAAGUCCUUCAGAGAGUCCUCACUCCUCUCCUUUAACCUGGCAAGUCCUUUUCUUCCGUCAAUCUUCUUGUCAGUUAUGUUUUUAUGGGCUCUUCUCUCCACUACAGGUUCUUUCAUAUCUUCUGUCCUCAGGCACGAAGUCCCAGAAGUGCUAAAUGUGUUCUUGCAGAAUGACCAGACUCAAGAUUCAGCGGUGUACUCUGUCAGAUACAUAGGAGGAAGCCACUUCACUUCAGCUUAUACUAGGCUGAUAGUAAGAAGUAAGAUUUGAUCCGCUUCUUCUUAAGUUAAAACUAUAGACAGAAAGCCUUGGACUUGUGCACACAGAGGGCCUUCUUGGUAGUGCCGCCUGCCCUGUGCAAUGCCCUCCCAUCAGAUGUCAAGGAAAUAAACAACUACCUGACUUUUAGAAGACAUCUGAAAACAACCCUGUUUAGGGAAGUUUUUAAUGUUUGAUGUUUUAUCGUUUUAUUAUUAUUAUUAUUCCGUUGGGAGCUGCCCAGAGUGGCUGGGGAAACCCAGCCAAAUAAGCGAGGUAUAAAUAAUAAAUUAUAUUAUUAGUAUUAUUAUUACACAAAGAGUUGGAUCAGGACUUAGUUGUGCUUAGAGCAGACCCUCUGAAAUUAACGGGGCUGACAUUUAGUUAUGAGCAAAGUUAUAUGUUUAUUAAUUUAAUUCGACUUUUAAACUUCCCUUCGUCUGAUCCAAAUCCCAGGGCGAUUUGGUUAAAUACUAGUUAAAACACAACAAGGUAGAAAUGAUGAAGCGACAACCCAGAAUUUAAAGGGAAAGGGGGAAUAAAAGUUAGCAUAGCUGAUUCACCAGCUGCUGCUAUAGCCUUUGUAAUAAUGGUAGUAGGUUGGCGCUGUGGGUUAAACCACAGAGCCUAGGACUUGCCAAUCAGAAGGUUGGCAGUUCGAAUCCCUGCGAGGGGGUGAGCUCCUGUUGCUCGGUCCCUGCUCCUGCCAACCUAGCAGUUCAAAAGCACGGCAAAGUGCAAGUAGAUAAAUAGGUACUGCUCCGGCGGGAAGGUAAACGGUGUUUCCGUGCACUGCUCUGGUUCGCCAGAAGCGGCUUAGUCAUGCUGGCCACAUGACCCGGAAGCUGUAAGCCAGCUCCCUCGGCCAAUAAAGCAGGAUGAGCCCCGCAACCCCAGAGUCAGUCAUGACUGGACCUAAUGGUCAGGGGUACCUUUAUCUUUAUAUGUAUCUUUCUUAGAUGGAGAGCUGGAGAGGUGUAGAACUGGUACGCUGCCAGGUGAGGGAAAUAGGGUACAGGUGGGUCUGAUUUUGUAACUUGCGUGGCAAAGGAGCAAGUGAUGGUUUGCAGAAAAAAGCUGAAACGUCAAAGUUCUCUUUUCAUUUUUACCGAAACCGUGCAGCGGAGGAAGCACAGCUGAUAGUUAGAAUACAACAAGGCCAAGUUUAAAUGGACGGGGAAAACCAUGCUUGCUGGUUUUUUCUCUCAUGUGUUCUUUCAAUUUGUAUGCCAUUCCCCCCCCCCAUAAAUAGACCCAAAGUCACACAUGUUUAGGGGGGGAAGCACAGCUGUAAACAGUUCCGAAGGAAACAUAUGUGUAAGGAACUGUUCUUUCUGAAUGCUUAAUCAAUAUUUAAAAACAAACAGCAGAACACAACGGGGUUGAUCUCCGAACACAUCAACACCAUAAAUUUAAAACACAUUUAAAAGCACUCCUAGCAGAGGAGGUAACAGAGCAGCUCAUACUUGGGAGUUGUUGUAGAAGCUUUUACAUGAGACACCUGUUUAAAAAACCACAAACACACACAGAGCGCUGUAUUUGGCUCAGGAUCUCGGUAUUAUUUCGCUCACUGAUUCUUAUACUUUUCCACGAAGGGUGUGCAUCUCAGAAAUGGGGACCUGACUGUAGCUCUCACUGUCCAGAGUGCAAGAACAACGGCAUCUGCCAUGAAGAUACUGGGGAGUGCAUUUGCCCCCCUGGAUUCAUGGGGAAAACAUGCGAAAAGGGUAAGAGACGUCGAAACAUUCAAAAAUGAAAGCAUAUGCGGCAGAUAAAAUCUUCCUUUCAUAAAAGUACAGUGGCACCUUGGUUCUCAAGCUUAAUUCAUUCCGUAAGUCUGUUCCAAAGCCAAAGCGUUCCAAACCCAAGGUGCGCUUUCCCAUAGAAAGUUAGGCAAAACGGAUUAAUCCUUUCCAGACUUUUUAAAAACAACCCCUUAAACAGCAAUUUAACAUGAAUUUUACUAUCCAUACGAGACCACUGAUCCGUAAAAUGAAAGCAAUAAGCAAUGUACUGCAGCCACACAAUCAAUCCAUCAGUAGCUGAACUGGGUUCCACACAGUCACGAAAACAAAACAAAAAGAGCCGCAAAAACAGAAACACAAAAUAAAUAGCAAAAACAAACAGGCCUCAGUGUAACACUCAAAAUGGAAGUGUGGCACUCAAAACGGAGCGCGUUCUGCUUCCAAAAAAGUUUGCAAACCGGAACACUUACUUCCGGGUUUGCAGUGUUUGGGUUCCAAGUUGUUUGAGUAUCAAGGCGUUUGAGAACCAAGGUACCACUGUACAAUACAUUUUUUUUCCAACAGGUAGAAUGUUAACCUUCAGCCGUUCCAAAUGUUCAUGACCAGGCAUAGGCAAACUCGGCCCUCCAGAUGUUUUUGGCCUACAACUCCCAUCAUCCCUAGCUAACAGGACCAGUAGUCAGGGAUGAUGGGAAUUGUAGCCCCAAAACAUCUGGAGGGCCGAGUUUGCCUACGCCUGGUCAUGCCUCUGCUUGACAAAGUGUUUGUUAUGGAAAUUACUGAGUUCCACAUUUCAUUCAUGCAUUCGCCUAGUUUGCGCGUCAUGGUAAACCGUAAACUGUCCUUACCGUGAAGCAGCAGUGAACUGGUGCAUGCUGCUCAGUUGAAUCUGCCCCUCUCCUACCUGUGGUGCACAGUCAGGGCCGGCCCACCCAUGAGGCAAGGCGAGGCAAGUGCCUCAGGCGGCAGGGUUCACGGGGCAGCAGAUCCAGCCUCUGAGGAAUGCAUUGCCUGCUGCUGUGGCGUAUGCCUUGGAGGCCAGAUCAGCUGCCACAUUGGCCACCAUGACUGCUCUGCAGUGGCCUCUUGACAAAUCUGAGUCUCCUCCCGCCAUUUUGUACCCAAUGUAGAUCCUUAUUCCUGCUUUGUUUGUGAUGUAGAUCUUUGUUCCACCCUUGUUCCUGAUGUAGAUCUCUACUUGCCCUCUCUUCUCUGGUUGGGGAGGGAAGCGGGCACCAUUUUGGUGUUCGUCUCAGGCGCCAAAAUGUAUUGAACUGGCCCCAUGUGCUAUGAAGAAACAAGCCAGUUAGCCCAGAGAUGGAAGCAAGACCAAGUUCCCGCCAGAGAGGAAUGGCAGACCAAACUGAUGGGCUUUGCGGAGAUGGCGAAAAUGACUGGGAAAAUCAGAAACCAGGAAGACCAGAAUUUCAAUAAAGAAGGGGGCGGGAUUUAUAACUUACCUUGCAGAAUCAUAAGAGGGAUACUUCAUUGGUCUGACACUUUUCUUCUCCAUUUACAGCUUGUGGAGAAAACAAAUUUGGCAAGGCUUGCCAAGAGAGCUGUAAAGAAAAGUCAGGUUGCAAAUCUUUUAUGUUUUGCCUGCCUGACCCAUACGGCUGUUCAUGUGCCUCAGGAUGGAACGGACUGCAGUGUGAUGAAGGUAAAAUCAUAUACACGCUUUACACUGGUGAUGUGUGAAGGUGUUGUGAGGGGGGGCAGUGGGAGGGACAAAAGUCACUUAAAAGCAGACUGUGGGCCAGAUUGCUAGGUUUGUUUGUCAGACAUUCAGAAACCAACAAGCCUGCUGUCCCAGCUAUCUCAGCCCAGUUAGCCCUCUAAAAACUCUGAUACCCCAUAAUUAAAUACAAUAUACUCCCAUAGAGACUACCUUACACUGCGUUUAAAACCAAAAUCACAUUUGAAUAGAAACUGUUUCUCAGGCAGCUAGUCCUAGUCUUUAUAACCCUGUACCUUCUUCCAGAACACAGAAGCUGAAAGAGAUCAUUUCCAGGGUGCACACUAUCCUGCGCUAUCUCUGCAGCUUUCUUAUGGCACCUGGAAGCAUAGAUUUGAUCUAAUGCGCUCAUCUCGCUUUCAGUCCAAGGGAGCCGGCAUUUGUCCACAGACAGCUUUCCGGGUCAUGUGGCCAGCAGGACUAAACUGCUUCUGGCGCAACAGGACACAGUAACGCCAUUUACCUUCCCGCCACAACAGUACCUAUUUAUCUACUUGCACUGGUGUGCUUUCAAACUGCUAGGUUGGCAGGAGCUGGGACAGAGCAAUGGGAGCUCACCCAUCGCAGGGAUUCAAACCACCGAUCUUCUGAUCAGCAAAUCCAAGAGGCUCAGUGGUUUAGACCACAGCGCCACCCGCGUCCCCAGUACACACAGAAAUACUCAAAGCAGAUAACUCUAACAAGCUGACGCAGUCACCUGAUUCAUGAAAUCUAGAACGAUCCUUGUAUCUGAUGCCACACAGUUAACUCUUAUCCCGCCUGUGUGUUCUUGCAGGUUGUAAGCCCGGUUUUUAUGGGCCCGACUGCAAAGUCAAGUGCAACGGCUGCAGCAACCGGGGAACGUGCGACAGCUUUAAGGGCUGCAUCUGCCACGUGGGUUGGCACGGUCUGGAAUGUGAAAAAGAAGGUAAAGCAAAGGUAACACUGUAGUGCAACAAAAGUCUUUUGUGCUUCGUACAAAGGUUGUUAUCUCUGUCUCUUUUUUUGCCAAGACUUGCUUGCCGUAGCUCAGUGGCAGAGAACAUGCUAAUAGCCUCCAGCAUUUCUCCAAUGAAAAUAGGGAUGUCCUAGACUAGUCAAUAACAACAACAACAACAACAACAACAAUAAUAAUAAUAAUUUUAUUAUUUAUACCCCAUUCACCUGACUGGGUUGCUCCAGCCAUUCUGGGUGGCUUCCAACAUACAGUGGUGCCUCGCAAGACGAAAUUAAUUCGUUCCGCGAGUUUUGUCGUCUUGCAAUUUUUUUCAUCUUGCGAAGCACGGUGUCGGGAAAGUUUUGGAAAAGCUUCAAAAAUCACCAAAGUCUUUAAAAACCUCAAAAAAGGCUACCACACCGCGUUCUAUGAGUUGCUCCUCGAAGUCAAGUCGCAACUGUAUUAACGGUGUUAAGAAAAAGGAAACAAACUUGCAAGACGUUUCCGUCUUGCGAAGCAAGCCCAUAGCGAAAAUCGUCUUGCGAAGCAGCUCAAAAAACAAUAAACCCUUUCAUCUAGUGAGUUUUUUGUCUUGCGAGGUACCACUGUAUAUAAAAACGUAAUAAAACAUUAAACGUUAAAAACUUCUCAAUACAGGGCUGCCUUUGGAUGUCUUCUAAAGGUUAUAUAGUUAGUUAUCUCUUCAGCUCGGGGUUUGCAUAACUCUGUACUCUCCAAUAGGGACAUCCUAGACAAUUUAUUAUUAUUAUUAUUAUUAUUAUUAUUAUUAUUAUUAAUACCCCACCCAUCUGACUGGGUUGCCCCAGCCACUCUGGACAGCUUCCAACGUAUAUAGUAAAAGGGACCCCUGACCGUUAGGUCCAGUCGUGACCGACUCUGGGCUUGCGGCGCUCAUCUUGUUUUACUGGCCGAGGGAGCUGGCAUACAGCUUCCGGGUCAUGUGGCGAGCAUGACUAAGCCGCUUCUGGUGACCCAGAGCAGUGCACGGAAACGCCGUUUACCUUCCUGCCGGAGCGGUACCUAUUUAUCUACUUGCACUUUGACGUGCUUUCGAACUGCUAGGUGGGCAGGAGCAGGGACCGAGCAACAGGAGCUCACCCUGUCGUGGGGAUUCGAACCGCCGACCUUCUGAUCGGCAAGUCCUAGGCUCUGUGGUUUAACCCACAGCGCCACCCGCGGCCCUUCUUCAACAUAUAUAAAAACAUAAUAAAACAUUUUUAAAAAUCUUCCCUAUACAGGGUUGCCUUCAGAUGUCUUCUAAAAGUUGUAUUUCCCUGGCUUGUGGGUUGCAUAACUCCAUACCCUCCAACAUUUCUCUGAUGAAAAUAGGGACAUCCUAAGGAAAAGUAGGAUACUCUGAGAUCAAAUCAGAAACUUGGAUGGCUUCUGUAAAUCUGGGACUGUCCCUGGAAAAUAGGGACACUUGGAGGGUCUGCUAUCAUAAGUUGAUUAAUCCAAUUAAACCUAUCAACCCUGGUUUCUUAGCUUCCUGGUUGCAAAUAGGAUAGUGUGUUUUUCCCCAAACUGAGCCAGGAAUACCAGGCCAGAUCCCUUCUAUCUCUGGCGAGAAUGAACAACCUACAUAGCAUGCUGUAAAUUCUUUUAUCUCCCUCACACACAGGUGCAGCAGAUGAAUCACCUGAGAUAAAGAACUUGCCUGGUGCUGUGGAACUCAACGCCGGUUCGGAGUUCAAAUCUAGCUGCAUAGCUACCGGCAAGCCACUUCCUACAAAAGAAGAAAUUAAACUAAUAAAAAAAGAUGGGACGGUCCUUAAGGUAAGUUGCUGAUCAGUUCCCUCUUUUGAGUGUGCAGGAGCUGUAUAUUAUUAUUAUUAUUAUCAUUAUUAUUAUUAUUAUUAUUAUUUAUUAGUGUACUGCCCUAUACCCAUAGAGCUUAGGGUGGUUCACAACAUAAAAUUACUAUAUAAAAAAACACAAAAUACAUAAUAAAAAUAAAAGCUCAUCCUGCACUUUUAAUAACUGCAUGGAAAAGAGGAUUUCAGCAGAUGUAACUAUUAAAAGUGUGGUAGCCCUAUCCUGCAGCAUAGUGAUUCCUCAGAUGCUGUGACCAAAUAAACAAGAUAUCCUUUUAAGUGCAUUACUAAGCCCUCGGCUGAUAUGCAACAUUCAAAGGCUCCAUUUGCUUUUGAAUGACACUUCCCACCCCACCCCACCCCCAAAAUAGGAUGAAACCAAUUUGAACAGCAGCAAAAUUCACCUAAAUGAAAUUUCUAGGUGAAUUUUUGGAGCAACCUGCUUGGUCAAAAUAUCUAAGGAAUGUCAAAGAAGGCAAAAAAAAGAAAGAGGUUUCAGUAAAUCCAGUGAACUGUUAUGAGUGAGGUCUGCACAUGUUUAAUUUAAGAAGAAGAAGAAGAAGAGGAGAAGAGUUUGGAUUUGAUAUCCUUCUUUAUCACUACCCAAAGGAGUCUCAAAGCGGCUAACAGUCUCCUUUCCCUUCCUCCUCCCCCACAACAAACACUCUGUGAGAUGAGUGGGGCUGAGAGACUUCAGAGAAGUGUGACUGGCCCAAGGUCACCUAGCAGCUGCAUGUGGAAGAGCGGGGAAGCGAACCCGGUUCGCCAGAUUACAAGACUACUGCUCAUAACCACUACACCACACUGGCUCUCUAAAUAAUUUGUUUCUAUUGUUUUCUGUUUUAGCCUACGCAAGUGGCAAACAGAAACCAGUCAGAAGUUACAGAAGCCACAUUUCAUGUUGAAAAAGUCCAGCCUUCUGAUUCUGGAACGUGGGUCUACAUUGUUGAGACAGUGGCGGGCAUGGUGGAACAACCUUUCCAAGUCACAGUUAAAGGUAACUGAUAACCUUUAAGACUUCAGACUUGACUACACCAAAAUAUCUCACCCAAAUCAGCGCGGCCUAAGUGUGCAUUUAAAUGAUGUUGAUUGGAAUAAAAAGGUAAAGGACCCCUGACAGUUAAGUCCAGUCGCGAACGACUCUGGGGUUGCGGCGCUCAUCUCGCUUUACUGGCUGAGGGAGCCGACAUUUGUCCGCAGACAGUUUUUCCAGGUCAUGUGGCCAGCAUGACUAAGCCGCUUCUGGCGAAACCAGAGCAGUGCACGGAAACGCCGUUUACCUUCCCUACUUGCACUUUGAUGUGCUUUCAAACUGCUAGGUUGGCAGGAGCUGGGACCGAGCAACAGGAGCCUACCCCAUUGCGGGGAUUCGAACCACCGACCUUCGGAUCGGCAAGCCCUAGUCUUAGUGGUUUAGACCACAGCGCCACCCGCGUCCCAUCAUUGAUUGCAAUAGGCAUGCAUUAAUUAAUGGAUUGGUAAAUCUUCGUUGAUAUUCAACGGUGAUACACCCUCAAGAGUCAGGUGUAGUUCCUCUGAGGGCAAGUCAUGAGUUUUGCUGAAAUGUUGAUUUGAAGUAGAAAACGCCCUCAAAGAGGAGGGAGGAAUUUCCCCCAGAAUCCAGUCUGGCAAACAGUAUAUGACUUUGGUGCUUGGUUUCCCAUACUAAUGAGAAUGCCCGGAAGCAGAGGCCUCUGAAAAUAAUUUCAGUUGUCAAGGAAACCAAAGAACUGAGAAAGCAGUCAGCUAAAUCUGACAGAUGUAAAUGUCCACAGAUCUUAAAGGCCCUUUGAGUCUUGCCUGCAUAACAGGAGGACAAAAUGAGUCACUGGCAACGAAGAUCAACAACAGUCACCCAAUGUUGACUUGAGUACAGUUUUGAGUUAGAAAAGAACGAUAGCUUUAGACCGAACGACACGGAGACGAUGGCUGUCAGGGAGUCCCAUCAACUGUAGGGAGACCUGAUUUUGUUUGGAGAGAAAAAUGAGAUGAGUAUGAGAAAGGAAAUGGGAAGACAGAGGGAGAAGAAUCUUGCCUGAAAAGGAGGAUGGGCAAUCAAUUCGGCCAUGAUGGCCCAUGGGAAGUAAAUGAAUCGGUCUCUUAGCUGUGGUGGCAUUAGUCACGUGACCGAAAUCGAGCACACCCUAAAAUGCAUCGCCAAACCUGGUGCUUGAAAUCAGAGAGGUCUCUUAUCCGUGGUGGCUGAUGUCUGUUGGGUGUAAGGCAGGAGGUCAACAGUAGGUGGCGACAGAGCCAAAGAGAGGCAGAGCCAACUAUAGACCAGUCUCCACUGCUCUCUAAUGUCACCCAUUUCAAGAGCUGUUUCAUAAGUUACUGUUUCUGAUGGGGAAACUAAUCACUCUGCCUUGCAAUGUAUGAAUAACAGGUUUCUGUAGAUUCCAUAUUAGGGGCUCACAUUCUGAAAGGAUGUAUCAGGACAAACUCACCUGAGGAUUACUCCCUACAAGGCAGAGCAACAGAAUAAAUAUAAUAAUCGUAUUGAUCCAUUGCAUGCCUCCUGAUAAUUCAGGAGACAAAAAAAAUCUUCAUUACUAUUUUUGCUGUUGUUAAACAAUUCAUCUUCUUGACCAGUUCUUCCCAUGCCUCAAAAAGCUCCAACACUGGUCGAAAGAGGACAUAAUUUUCUCCUCAUUGAUACAAAUGCUGAUAUAUAUAGUGGGGAUGGACCGAUUGUCUCAACGCAGCUUCUCUACAAAACCGCCAAAUUUCAGUGGAAGACCUUGGAAGGUAAGUGUUUAUCACAAGAGUUUCUGCUUCUUCAUAUAGGCCACAUGUAGGUGCUACCAUCGUUUUAUUUUCCCCCAAACAAUCUGGACACUUUGGUCAGUAGCUUCUGAUCAUCAUGGCUGCUUGCUACUUCCAGGAUCCUGUCUUCAGCCACCAGUUGUGGUCCCCACAAAAACUGGAAAGGAGGUUAGGGCACUCAUUUCCUGCUUGUGAGCUUUCCAAAAUCAUCUGUUUGACCACUGAAGACAAGACACUGAUCCAUCAAAGUUCUUCUUACAGUUCCAUGAGGGAGAAUUUUAGCAGAGGUUCUUCAGCCCCUCACCAGCCUACAAUUCCCAGGAUUCUUUAGGGAAAGCCAUGGCAGUGGUCUACCUAAACGGCCUCGGUCCAGUAUACCUGAAGGAGCGUCUCCACCUCCAUCGUUCUGCCCAGACACUGAGGUCCAGCACCGAGGGCCUUCUGGCAGUUCCCUCGCUGCGAGAAGCAAAGCUACAGGGAACCAGGCAGAGGGCCUUCUUGGUAGUGGCACCCGCCCUGUGGAAUGCCCUCCCAUCAGAUGUCAAAGAGAAAAACAACUGCCAAACUUUUAGAAGACAUCUGAAGGCAGCCCUGUUUAGGUUAUUAAUAGGUUAUUGUAUUUUAGUGUUUUGUUAGAAGCUGCCCAGAGUGGCUGGGGAAACCGAACCAGAUGGCCGGGGUAAAGGUAAAGGGUAAAGGGACCCCUGACCAUUAGGUCCAGUCGUGACCAACUCUGGGGUUGCGGCGCUCAUCCCACUUUAUUGGCCGAGGGAGCCGGCGUACAGCUUCCGGGUCAUGUGGCCAGCAUGACUAAGCUGCUUCUGGCAAACCAGAUCAGCGCAUGGAAACGCCGUUUACCUUCCCGCCAGAGCGGUACCUAUUUAUCUACUUGCACUUUGAUGUGCUUUCAAACUGCUAGGUUGGCAGGAGCAGGGACCGAGCAACGGGAGUUCACCCCACUGCGGGGAUUCGAACCACCGACCUUCUGAUCGGCAAGUCCUAGGCUCUGUGGUUUAACCCACAGUGCCACCCGCGUCCCUGAUGGGUGGGGUAUAAAUAAAUUAUUAUUAUUAUUAUUAUUCCACUGAUACGGGCUUUGCAGUGUUUAAAUGCUGAUGCAGUUAAACCUGGUUCGGGUGGUGGGCCAAUGGUUAGCAUCACACGUCGGUACACUGUUUGUGUUUAGCAGAAUGCUCGCAGUUGAUGCGCUGCCUUGCCUUGGUUGAGGUUGCCUUGGGGCCAUGCCACGCGACCCCGCUGUGUGCGCAUGCCCUGCAGCAUGCGUGCAUGGCGUCAGCAUGCCCUGUGGUGUGCUGACGUCACUCGCGUAUGUCGGGGGGACAUGCGGUUGGAUGGAGGAUGGAGGCGGUUGGAGGAUGGAUGGCGGCUAAUGGAUUGAAGUUGAAUCCUGACAAGACAGAAGUACUGUUUUUGGGGGACAGGGGGCGGGCUGGUGUGGAGGACUCCCUGGCCCUGAAUAGGGUAACUGUGCCCCUGAAGGACCAGGUGCGCAGCCUGGGAGUCAUUUUGGACUCACAGCUGUCCAUGGAGGCGCAGGUCAAUUCUGUAUCCAGGGCAGCUGUCUACCAACUCCACCUGGUACGCAGGCUGAGACCCUACCUGCCCGCGGACUGUCUCGCCAGAGUGGUGCAUGCUCUAGUUAUCUCCCGCUUGGACUACUGCAAUGCGCUCUACGUGGGGCUACCUUUGAAGGUGACCUGGAAACUGCAAUUAAUCCAGAAUGCAGCAGCUAGACUGGUGACUGGGACUGGCCGCCAGGACCACAUAACACUGGUCCUGAGAGAUCUGCAUUGGCUCCCAGUACAUUUCUGAGCACAAUUCAAAGUGUUGGUGCUGACCUUUAAAGCCCUAAACGGCCUCGGCCCAGUAUACCUGAAGGAGCAUCUCCACUCCCAUCGUUCAGUCCGGACACUGAGGUCCAGCGCCGAGGGCCUUCUGGCGGUUCCCUCAUUGCGAGAAGCAAAGCUACAGGGAACCAGGCAGAGGGCCUUCUCGGUAGUGGCGCCCGCCCUGUGGAACGCCCUCCCGUCAGAUGUCAAAACGAUAAACAACUACCUGACAUUCAGAAGACAUCUGAAGGCAGCCCUGUUCAGGGAAGUUUUUAAUGUAUGAUAUUUUAGUGUUUUUUGGUUUCUAUGGAAGCCGCCCGGAGUGGCUGGGGAAACCCAGCCAGAUGGGCGGGGUACAAAUAAUAAAUUAUUAUUAUUAUUAUUAUUAUUAUUAUUAUUAUGCAGACACCGCGGGGGUAUGCCAACAUCAUGCACGUGUCCCUUCUGCUGCGUUCUGCCGAAUUCAGGUCGGGGUGCUGUUGUUUGUUAGAGAGAGAGAGAGAGUCAAAGGCAGUGUGGUGUAGUGGUUAAGAGCAGUGGACUCGUAAUCUGGUGAACCGGGUUCGCUUCUCCGCUCCUCCACAUGCAGCUGCUGGGUGACCUUGAGCUCUGAAGUCUCUCAGACUCACUCACCUCACAGAGUGUUUGUUGUGGAGGAGGAAGGGAAAGGAGAUUGUUAGCCGCUUUGAGACUCCUUAAGGGGAGUGAAAGGUGGAAUAUCAAGUCCAAGCUCUCCCUCUCCCUCUCCCUCUCCCUCUCCUCCUCCUCCGUUUUAUAUCUUUAUUCAUCACAAUAUAUCAAAAAUUGUCUCAGUACGGUUACAAUUAAAGCACAAAGCUUGUAUUGAAUCCCACAAAGGCGCUGCUUGUGGUGUGUCCCCAGUCGUACCUCUGGCAAAUAGGUUUUUCCAUUGUUUCCCAAAGCAUUAAAAUCUUUAAAAUGCAGAGUCCAAACAGAAAAGUCCCAAUAAUAAUUUACUGAGCAACCUAGUUGAGAAGAAAGGAGCAAAGAGGUCCUGUACGUAGCAGGGAGACAUCUGACCAAACAUACAGAGGAAAACUCCCUCAGAACUACACAGCCAACCAGAACACGUGCACCUCAGUAAACAUUGUGCAACCUUUGAGCAAAAGAAGUAUGUUUGUUUACAACUCUAUCUUCCCUUAUCACUUAGCAGUGCGUGUAAUUCUGUUGUUGUUCCUCCUUUCAAAUGCAGUCACUGAAAGGAUCUGGAAGUUAAGCGAUCUGGAACCCAAAACAGAAUAUUCCUUCUGUGUCCGGCUGACUCGCAGAGGAGAAAAGGGCGUCGGGCAUCCUGGGCCAGAGGCCAGUUUCACUACAGCUGCUGUUGGUAUGCAGGUCUUCAGAACUUUUUCACAAAGGGGAUGCUCACUAUCUUACAAAUGUCUUCCUACCUGUGGCUACCUUGUGUGCAUGUACAGUGGUAUCUUGGUUCCAGAAUGGCUCAGUUGUUGAACAAAUCGGCUUCCGAAUUCCGCAAAUCCGGAAGUGAGUGUUCCGGUUUGUGAACGUUUUUUGGAAGCCAAACGUCCGCCGUGGCUUUGAAUUGAGUGCAGGAAGCUCCUGCAGCCAAUCGGAAGCCAUGCCUUGGUUUUGGAAUGGUUCCAGGAGUUGAACAGACGUCCGAAACGGAUUCUGUUCGAGAACCAAGGUACCACUGUAUAGCCAGUUGCUUUUUUUUCAGCCAGACCUCACUGGAACUCAGCUCUGGCACCUCUCAGGUGGGCGCAACUGCUAUUCUGAGAGAACAAGGGAGAAAGCUCAUGAUGAGCUCUGGCACCCCUUUUUCUAGAAAAAUAGCACUGUGCAUAGCCAUUUGCAUGUGGAAAAGGUAUUUAUCUAAAAGUGAUAAAUUGAGCAUGUUUUUAAAGUAAAAAUAACAAUAAUUUGAAUUAGAGCCAUUAAAGAGUACAUUGUAUACAAUAUCAAGCUUUGUUACUGUAUACUUUGUUACUGUAUACUUUGUUACUGUAUACUGUAUACUUUGUAUACAAUAUCAAGCUUUGUUACUUUUUAAAGUAAAAAUAACAAUAAUUUGAAUUAGAGCCAUUAAAGAGUACAUUGUAUACAAUCUCAAGCUCUGUUACUGUGCCCUAGUGGCGCAUCAUGCUAAGUCAAACUGGUUUUGACCUUAAAAGCCUUAAACGUCUCAGGACCACUAUACCUCAAGAACCGCCUCUUUCCAUAUGAACCUACCCGGACCCUGAGAUCAUCUUCCGAGGCCCACCUUCGUGUGCCUCCUCCUCAAGAGGUCCAGAGGGUGGCAACACGAAAGCAGGGCCUUCUCUACAGUGGCUCCCCGUCUAAGGGAUGCUCUCCCUGGGGAAGUUCGCCUGGCGCCUUCACUAUACACCUUUAGGCGCCAGGCAAAAACAUUCCUUUUUAACUAGUCCUUUGGUUGAUCUUACUGACAUCCAAUACCCUUUUAGAAUGUGGCUCACUUUUGGAGGUUUUUUUAUUGGGUUGUUGUUUUUAAUUUGAUUUUAUAUAUUGUGAUCUUAUUUGUGAACCACCCUGAGACCUCCAGGUAUAGGGCGGUGUAUAAAUUCUAAUAAUAAAUAAAUAAUAAUAAAAAAACCAUCCAGGUGUGCAAGCUCCUGGGGAGGAGAUUGUGAUAACUUUGCACCUCCUUCAUCACUUUGCAGCUGUACAGAGCUGACCCGUGGCUUGGCUUAGAAUGUCAUUCAAAACAAGCUUGUGGUUGAGCAUUCUCCAGACUAACCAAUGAGCUGCAUUAUUUCCUUGACAGAGAGGAAUGCCCUCUCUGAAGGGAGGGCAUUCCACAGGGCAGGCACCACCACCAAGAAGGCCCUCUGCCUGGUUCCCUGUAGCUUCACUUCUCGCAGGGAGGGAACCACCAGAAGGCCCUCGGAGCUGGACCUCAGUGUCUGGGAUGGACAAUGGGGGCAGAGAUGCUCCUUCAGGUAUACUGGGCCGAGGCCGGGUAGUGGUGGGUAAUGGUGGUUAUCUUAAAAAUAAAUAUCCAUGAUAGCUCAAUGGGCUCUCAGAGCCUAAACACUAGGGACACAGAGGAGGCCCUCCGCACUUUGCUGCUGUGCUUUCUGGAAACCCCUGGGCGGCCAUAGUGGGGAACAAGAUGGCGGACCACAAAGGACUCUUGGCAUCAUCUUGGCAGGUUCUUCUUUUGCUCUGAGGGGUUCCAAAGGCAUUAACAUUCCUUCUCACGACUCUCUAAAGGCCUCCCUCCGCCAAGGGGCCUCUCCCUCGUUCCUAAAGGCACGACGGCGCUGACCUUUUCUUGGCAGCCGGUGGGGCAGCCGGUGGGAGAGGACGUCCAACUCGAAGUGGAAUGUAAGAGCGUGGAUGAUAAGAACGGGGGUGUCCCCCCGACCCAUCAGCUGGGGAGAAACAUGUCCACCCUGGUCAUCGACAAUCUAGAGCCCAGGCACCACUACAAGUGCAGAGUCCGUGUGAACAGCAAGUCCGAAGGAGAAUGGAGCGACUAUCUGGACGCGUGGACCUUCAGUGACCGUGAGUGAAGGGAGAGUCUAACAAGCCCACUUUGUAUGACCUAGCAGGCCUCAUUUGUAAUUUGUACAGCAUGGUCCACCCCAGGGCUGGGGAACCUCCUUUACUCCUGGUGUUGUGGAUUCCAGCUCCCAUCAGCCUCAGCCAGAAUGGUCAAUGGGUCAGGGAGGUCAAACGGCUCAGGACCGCCAUACCUCAAAGACGGCCUCUUUCCAUAGGAACCUCCCUGGACCCUGAAAUCAUCCUCUGAGGCCCUUCUUUGUGUGUCUCCUCCACGUGAGGUCCCGAGGGUGGCAACACGAGAACGGGGCCUUCUCUGUGGUGGCUCCCCAUUUGUGGAAUGCUCUCCCCAGGGAGGCUCACCGUUCCUCUUUAAAUAGGCCUUGGGUUGAUUACACCCAAGACCCUUUUAAAAUGUGUUGUGGAAGCGGGGAGAGGGAGGUCAUAGGUUUGUUUUUGUUUUUAUUAUGUAUGUUUUGUGGGUUUCCCCCCCUUGUAUUUUUAUGCUGUGAACAGCCCUGAGAUCUCAUAAUAACUGAGUGCCUGCUGACACCUAGUGGCAGCAAAAGGCAUUUCAUGCUCCUCACUUCAUUCACGCUCAAGUAUCUUGAUUUCCACCAGGAAAACUUAUUUCAGGGAUUCACGGAGCUCAUUAUUAUAUUUCCUCACCAGGGCCAAUACCAUUCCCUAACUUCUAAAUCUGUCAGUUGAUUAAAGGAUUCUUAGGUACUGUUAGUUCAUUAUUAACCUGCCUUUUAAAUCCACCAAUCAAUACAGCUUAAAUAAUCAAUGCAGCUUAAAUACUCCCAAAACCUCAGCGGAGGAGGGUUUUCGGUUGUUGUUUUUUAAAGAGAUGCUGAUUUAUCGAAAGCAUUUUAAAAACUCUUUUCUUUAGCUUAAGAAGGUCCCAGAGAAGCUCACAAAAUUACUUAGUAGGGCUUGCAUCUACAAAGCAUUUUAUUCUAGAAUCAAUGGAGACUGUACACUUGUUUUUGUCUACAUAGUCCACACACAAUGUAAAGCUAUUGCAUUAUUAUUAUUAUUUUGCCCCUGAAAAGCAUUUCCUGAGAAACUGGUUUCUUUCCUGGAACAACUGGUUCUGCAUUUCAGACUAAUUCUGCAUUAGCCCACAUGUGAAACAGGCUAACACUUUACCUGCAAAACAUUUGGGGGGUAUUAUCCCACAUGAAGUUCUUGAAGAUGUGUCAGAGUGCUUGCUGAAAUCAUCAGUUGAACAUGCUGCAUCCAUUAAAAGUUAAAGAGAAGAACGUGGUGUAAGAUGCAGCUCAGGGGGCUGCGGAUUAAGGAGUGCAUCAAUAGAAAUGGCAGAACAACCCCUCCAAAAAUAAAAAUAAAAUAUUUUGCAAGCUAGGGCUCACAGUAUUUUAACAGGCUGAAAUCAGGGGCAGCAACUAUAGGGGGCAGAAGGUGCUUCGCUCACCUUAAUAUUUGUGGGCAGGGGGCUGAGCCUCCCCAAUAUUGAGGGGGAGCAUACCCAUCCCCCAAUGCAGGGGGAAGCGCUCACACACCAGCCAGGGGUGGGACGCUCAGAGGGGUGCAUGGUGUCAUGUGUAUGAUGUCACACAACUCCGGGCCCCCUCAAUGGGGGGGGGGAAGUCAGCACCCCUGGCUGCAAUCCUAUGCACACUUCCUCAGAAGUAAGUCCCACUUAUAAGUCUGGUACCUCGGUUCUUGAACGUCUCUGUUGACAAACGUUUCAGAACCUGAACGCCGAAAACCCGGAAGUAAAUGCUUCCAUUUUCGAACGUGCCUCAGAAGCUGAAUGGCUUCUGCUGCGUGUUUUUCAAUUUUCUCAAUUGCAUUUGCAGACAGCCCUUUGCGCCUCGGUUUUCAAACGUUUCAGAACUCGAACGGUCUUCCGGAAAGAAUUACGUUCGAGAACCAAGGUGCCACUAUAUACAAUUGCUCUGUUAUGCUAACUAUUUUAUUUGUUGUUGCCAAAUUUUGAACUCACAAUGCCAUCCUGUCCGGCUCAAAUCCUGAUUCAUUGCGAGUGAUGAAAACAAUUCCACUUGACUUUUCGUAGUGGAUGAGCAGAGUGAUGCGAGACAGAAGCUAAUACGCUUGUUUCUUUGCCAGAACGGCCCCCUGCACCUGAUAACUUCACAAUUAUAAAUGUCACCGACUCCUCGGCUGUCAUCUCUUGGUCGACUGCGGUGGGGCAUUCCAUCUCCUCCAUCAUCCUCAGCUACAAAGGCCGUGGCAAGACAGAGCACAACCACAUCGAUGUCACCAUAAAAAACACUACCGUCACCCAGUACCACCUCAAGGGUCUUGAACCAAACACCGAAUAUGUGGUUCAGAUAAGGGCACAGAACAACGUUGGGCCAAGCGAUAAUCUUUCAGCUGAACUGAAAACCCUCCCAGAAAUGAAAGGUUAGUUUUAGCAGAGAUCAGAGCAUCUCAUGCACUGAGCAAGUUUAUGCAAGUUUAUUCCAAAUGAAUUGAGACCCAGCAAAAGCUGCAAAAUGCAUUCUGUGGUUGAUAGGAUUUCCAUGGUGAUGCUUUAACUGCUGUUGUUUUGCCAUUUGUGUGUAUGUGGCUUAUGUAUAAUUAGGACAUUAUAGACCCCAAUUUCCCACGAGCAGAACUUCACUCAUGUGAAUGGAGGGAAACUGCUCUGCAGAACUUUUAUCAAACUUUGCUGCCUGUGGUCUGCAGUUAUGCUCUCAGUACCAAUGCUUUCUAGAGCAGCCAAUUGGAAAUAGAACAUUGUCAGCACUAGAUACAAGGACAGGGUGUAAGAAACACAAGUUAAAGCACUACAGGAAAAUUAUGCUGUCAGGGUGAAUGCGCUAUUAGGACCCACUUCUGCCAAAAUGGAUUAUAGGCCACGAUCCAGAGAACCUAAAGUCCAUUGAAGCAUGUGAGUGAGUCCCUUACAUCCCUCUGGUUUCAUAAAGGCAUCUAGCUUUAAUUAGCUCGCACCAAUAUUCCCCUGCCUUUGAUUUUAUGCCUGUAAAAUAUGGGUUCUAGUAUUUGUUGACUAGGUGCUGAAUUCAACUUCUUUUGAUUUUUUUAUUUUAUUUUAAUGCAUAUAGUUCCCACAGUUCCAUUUGAGCACAAAGGAGGGAGAAUGCUACUGAUUGCUAUCUUGGGCUCUGCAGGGAUGACCUGCCUGACAAUCCUGCUGGCCUUUUUCAUCAUGCUACAGCUAAAGCGUGCAAACUUCCAGCGGCGAAUGGCCCAGGCCUUCCAAAACGUGGUUGUAAGUCCUUUGGUUUUCCUUGAGGAUAGAUCUGCGAAUGAGGCAUUAAGCGAAGAGUACACGUGGGUGGCACUGUGGUCUAAACCACAGAGCCUAGGGCUUGCUGAUCAGAAGGUUGGCGGUUCAAAUCCCUGCAAUGGGGUGAGCUCCCGUUGCUCGGUCCCAGCUCCUGCCAACCUAGCAGUUCGAAAGCACAUAGUGCAAGUAGAUAAAUAGGUACCACUCCAGCGGGAAUGUAAAUGGCGUUUCCGUGCACUGCUCUGGUCAUGCUGGCCACAUGACCCAAGAGCCAUCUGCGGACAGACGCCAGCUCCCUCGGCCCAAAGAGCGAGAUGAGCCCGCAACCCCAGAGUCGUUCGCAACUGGACCUCAGGGAUACUUUUACCCCUUUCAAAUACAGUUUGAUGAGCGUUUCCCGUUUCAAACUGGUUAAUCUUAAAGGUGUCACACAGAACUGUCAUCACGGGACUCCCAAAAUGGGAAAUGAUUAUUCCCCUCCCCUAAACAUUCCUGUAUCGAAAUUGGUUUUGCUUGUAACUUACUUAAAACCUUGAUUGUCACCCUAAGUGGUGAUACUUUACAAAAACCAAACCCACUGCCAGAUCACCAGAUGGGUGGGCUGUGCCUGGUAAAAAUUAGGAGGAAUUAUACCAAUUCAUGCAGAUAUAAUAUAAGCAACCAGAUAUAACAGGAUUAUAUCCUGCAAUGCAGGUUCAUAUUCCCCCUGGAAAAUCUGUGCCUACUUUCCUUUGGUCAGUUAAAUUGACUAUAUGUUUAUGGGUGCUUUUCAGCCAAGGAAAACCUAUUCUGCUGCACACCGAUACAAGUGUUGUUUUUUAACUCAUUUUAGAGAAACUUCAUCUUCACAGAACAACACCACUUCUCACAACAAGAUUACAUAAAUAUGCUUUUAAUGCAUCCCGUUCUGAGUUGUUAUCUUCUUAUGUACCAACCACUAAAUAGUGUUUGCCUAACUUUUCCCUCCAGAGAGAUGAGCCGGCUGUGCAGUUCAAUUCAGGAACUCUUACUCUGAGCCGGAAAGCCAAAAAUAGCCCAGAACCCACAAUCUACCCAGUUCUGGAGUGGAAUGACAUCAAAUUUCAGGAUGUGAUUGGAGAAGGCAACUUUGGCCAAGUUCUCAAAGCACGAAUCAAGAAGGAUGGCUUGCGAAUGGAUGCAGCCAUUAAAAGGAUGAAGGGUGAGUCUUUUAAGGCAGCAAAUCUGUAGGAGAGAUUUGCAGGUUGCUAAUACCUGGCCUUGAAUCAUGGUCUUUUAGAUGUUGGCUUAAUGGACUAACCGUAUUAUACGCAAAAGCAUGUAACAGAGCUUGGAUGCAGUUAUUCUUUUUUUUAAAAAGUGGGAAUGAGCAGAGAAGCAGUAGGGUCAGGAUCUGCUUUUGUUUUUGUUUUUUAGGACAAUUUAUUAAUUUUCCAAAAAGAUAACAUCAAAAAUAAACAUAAAGCAACAACAUAUAAAGAAAAAGAAAAGAAAUGAAAGAAAAGAAAAGAAAAAACCAUCAUAAUAAAAAAAUUAAACCAUAAUUUUUGCUUGACUUUACUCCCCUCCCCCUCUUAGUUUCAUUGUUUAAUAAUUGUUCAUGCACGUUCAUGCAAAAUAAUCCAUUUUUUAGACCUUGUUCAUCUUAAUACAAGUGAGUUUUUAAAAGUUACACUAACGUAAAAAUCUAUACACAAAGCUUAAAAAGUGGGCAUGAAACCUUUACCCCCUUUUUUAUUAUUCAAAGUCCUCUUUCUGUCUGUAGGGUCAGGAUCUGCUUAACCAUUUCCCUGUGAGGAUAUUGUUUGACAUAGCGGGCUCGCCAACAGCUGAAAAUCCGCAUUUUCCAAAUACGUUUUGUCCAUCGUUAAUGGGAAAGCAAAUUUAGACUUAAGAAAAAUCAACAUGCCACCAUUUCAGCAGGAACAUCAUAUGGUUCUCCCCCCGCCCCCCCAAAAAAUGGAAGGUGCAAGUAACAUACUGUACAAGGAGGAUCAAGGGAGAGUGUGGAUAAGCCCGGCGUCAAACAAUUCUUAUCCCACACUUUCUAGCGAAUCUUCCCCAUCACUUUCCUUACUGUAGGAAGUCCACUUAGGGAGAGGGGUAUUGUGCAAGAGGGUCAACCUGAACUUCCGGGCAUGUGAUCCAAUCUCACCUGGAAGCACAUUAAAAAAAAUAAAUUAUUAUGACGUACAGUUUUGUGGGCUAAAGCCCAUUUCAUCAGGUGCAUUAAUUAAACACAUGGUAAAGAUUGUAGGAGUAACUGAUGCACAGCACUCUCUUUUUUAAUUUGCAGAAUAUGCCUCCAAGGAUGAUCACAGAGAUUUUGCUGGGGAACUGGAAGUACUUUGUAAACUUGGACAUCACCCCAACAUCAUAAACCUUUUGGGAGCAUGCGAACACCGAGGUACAAUGCUUUUCUUUUUCAGUUUUGUUAAGAGUUUAACAUACAAGACAAUAAAAACCCAACUAGUUUAAAAAUGAUUUUAAAAAUACCGAAAAAGUAGUAGGAUAAAAGAGGGAAAGAGAAAAGGAAGAAAAAGGGGGAAAGAGAAAAGGAAGAAAAAGGGGGAAAGAGAGAAAUAAAACAACAACAACAACAACAAUGGUGUGUGUGUGUGUGUGUGUGUGUACACACACACACACAGAGAGCCCUCAAUCACAAUUAUAUUUUAAUUUUCAAUCUACAUUCUGAAUCUUCCCAGCUCUCACCUGCUACAAUGCUUCUCUGUAGGUGUUUGUUUUAAAGUUCUGUGGCUACAAUGGUUUUAAAACAUAUUCAAAAUAAGAUCAGCUGGAAUUUGUGCACAGGUAAAUAUGUUGCACAAUUUUUAAAACACGAAAAGGGACACACACACACAUAUAUUCCUGUUUGAUGAUGUGCUUCAGUCACCACACACACACACACACACACACACACACACACACACACACAGGCAUCUCUUCCAGAAUAUGAAAGCACAGAUUUUCGAGAAGAAUCCUUUCUCUCUGGUGAGGACUCGAAAACUGUCACUUGCCAAAGUAGAAAAGGCUUUUUCUCAAUCAGUUGUGCUUCUGAGAGUGGCGAGAUGCAUAGCAUAUACACCUCUGAUGCAGAGUGUCUUGGGUGGACAGGAUCAUGUGGAACAAGGCAGUCCUCCAGAUAUCCUGGCCUCAAGCCUUUGACGGCUUUGUAAGAAAGAAGCAUCCCUUUGGAUCCUGCCAAGAAAUGAACCAGGAGUGUUGCUGCUUUUUGCCCUGUUUUAAAGUUUCAGCCAGUGCAGGUUAAAAAAAAGAGUAAAGGUAAAGGACCCCUGGAUGGUUAAGUCCAGCCAAAGGUGACAAUGGGGUUGCGGCGCUCAUCUCGCUUUCAGGCCAAGGGAGCUGGCAUUUGUCCACAGACAGCUUUCUGGGUCAUGUGGCCAGCAGGACUAAACCGCUUCUGGCGCAACGGGACACUGAAGGAAACCAGAGCGCAUGGAAAUGCCAUUUACCUUCCCAUUGCAGCGGUACCUAUUUAUCUACUUGCACUGGUGUGCUUUCGAACUGCUAGGUUGGCAGGAGCUGGGACAGAGCAACGGGAGCACACCCCAUUGUACGGAUUCAAACCACUGACCUUCUGAUCAGCAAGCCUGAGAGGCUCAGUGGUUUAGACCACAGCGCCACCCGUGUCCUUUCAGCCAGUACAAAGUGGGAUUGGCUCACUUCCACAGUUGUGGGCCACUGGAGGUACAUUUCUCCAGUGCUCCAACAUCUGCACUGACUCCCUGUUCCAAUGUGAGCACAGGCUGUCUUGGCUGCCUCAGGAUUAGCACUUGGAGAAUUAGUUGCAUUUAAUACCUGGGGUGGGGAAUCUGCUAGGUUCCUACUCCCAUCAUCCCCCAGCCGGCUUGGCCAACAACAUGGGCUGACAAGAGUGGUACUGCCCUACCUCUGUUAUAAAAGAUGGAAGAUCAUCUCCCAGAGUAGAAUCUGAGUCAAGAAGACUUGAUUUGCUUUUCCAUUUGCUCAGUACAUACUGGAUACAGUAGUACCUUGAUUCUCAAACUUAAUCCAUUUCGGAAGUCCAUUCCAAAACCAAAGCGUUCCAAAACCAAGGCGUGCUUUCCCAUAGAAAGUAAUGCAAAACGGAUCAAUCUGUUCCAAACUUUUAAAAACAACCCCCAAAACAGCAAUUCAACAUGAAUUUUACUAUCUAAUGAGACCAUUGAUCCAUAAAAUGAAAGCAAUAAUCAAUGUACUUUACUAUAAAAUAAAUAAAACGGUAUUGUAGAUGAUAAAAAUAUAUAUUUAAUUUUUUUCUUACCUGCACUGAUGAUAGUCAUUGUUUGGAUGGGGGGCUUUUAUCCAUUUCCACAGUCACACAAUCAAUCAAUAAAUCCAUCAAACAGUAGCUGAACUGGGUUCCACACAGUCACAGAAACAAAUUAACCGAAAAAGCCUCAAAAACAAAAAAAACACACAUAGUAAAUAGCAAAAACAAAAACACCAAAUAUAAGCUCCAAAUAUCACCUCAGAACACUGAAAUCAGAAAUGGAAGGCUUGAAUUACAAUGGGGGGACACAAAUUAGCAGCACGACAGUAAAAAUGGAAUCUCAGGACUCAAAACGGAGCACGUUCAGCUUCCGGGGAAAAGUUCGAAAACUGGAACACCUACUUCUGGUUUUGCAGCGUUCGGGUUCCAAGUUGUUCAAAAACCGAGGUGCCACUGUAUUGGAAACACUGAAGGCAAGAGAAGUUGUGGGUAGGAUAGGGUUUGCAUUAGAGCCUUUCAUCCAGCAGGGAUAGCAUAGAGAGAACUGGCAAUCUUUGGUCAGCUUCAUUUGGGGCUGGGGUGAGGAGGGGGAAAAUGCUCUGGGCCCCCCAAACCCUUCAAGAAGCCCUGCCCCCAAGACUCCAUUUUUCGCACAGGCUCUCUGAACUCCUCGCUGUUUUAUGCCAGGGUACCUCUACCUCGCCAUUGAAUAUGCUCCCCACGGAAACCUGCUAGACUUCUUGAGGAAGAGCAGGGUCUUAGAGACCGACCCGGCCUUUGCCAUUGCCAACAGCACAGCCUCCACACUCUCCUCGCAGCAGUUACUGCACUUUGCAGCGGAUGUGGCCCGAGGGAUGGACUACCUGAGUCAAAAACAGGUAGGCUGCUUUGUUUCAUUUUGCUAAUGCAAGUUAUUUACUGAGUCUUCCCCUAGGGUUGCCACCCAUCUUGUGUAAUAUUUCAAUGUAAAAAUGCUAUCAUUGACUCGAUAUAGGAUAGAUGAAUCAAUACAGGAUACAGUUUUGCUGAUUCUCCCUCUGUCUCUCUGCCCCAUACUCUCCAACACUUUGAAGCCAAAAUCCAGGACGCCAUUUUGCUGGGGUUUUUUGUCGUGAGAACACAGUGCCCAUUUUCGUUGCGAUUUUGCACCGUGCUCCCCGCACUCGAAAAAAGUGCUUUUUCACGCACAGCACCCACAAAUGCGACUUUAGGGGCACUGCACGAAUUCAUAUGCAGGGGGAGAAAACACUUUGGGGGGCAGGGAAUUGCGCCACGAAAUCGCAUGAGAUAAUGGGAACCCAAAUGGCCAUUGUGCUCUUGCAAUAAAAAAUUGUCUGUCUGGGACACUAGCAAGUUAUGCAGUCCCCUACCCCAUUCUGUCCUGUAUUUUGCCAGACCAAAGGUGGCAACCCUAUCAGCGACAGGGGUGGGGAAGUCCGCUGACCUACUUCCUAGGUGCAGUUAUGCUGUGGGGCACUGUCACCUCCCGCCAGAGCCUCCCCGGCGGGAACGGCUUGGCCAGUGGAUUCCUGGCUCCCCUCUGACGGCCGGGGAGAUCGAAUACUGCCUGUCUGCCUAACUGGCCAAUCACACAUAGGUAUAUGGAUUGUAAACUGGAGGAAGGGAAGACCUGACUGAGCCUGCAAGCUUUACUCAAGUCUGGGCCCCCUGCAUUUGAAAGGCCUGCCUCUUCCCCUACAACAGGCAUAGGCAAACUCGGCCCUCCAGAUGUUUUGGGACUACAACUCCCAUCAUCCCUAGCUAACAGGACCAGUGGUCAGGGAUGAUGGGAACUGUACAGUCAUACCUCAGGUUACAGACACUUCGGGUUGCACAAUUUCGGGUUGCGCACCGCACUGAACUCAGAAGUACCGGAACAGGUUACUUCCAGGUUUUGGUGCUUGAGCAUGCACAGAAGUGCUAAAUUGCACUUUACGCAUGUGCAGAAGUGCCGAAUCGCAAGCCGCGCGUGCACAGACACGGAGCUGCAGGUUGCGGAUGCUGCGGGUUGCGGACGUGCUUCCCGCACGGAUCACGUUCACAACCCAAGCAUCCACUGUAGUCUCAAAACAUCUGGAGGGCCGAGUUUGCCUAUGCCUGCCCUACAACAACCACACCUCUCAUCAUCCCUGACCAUUGGGCCAAGCUGUCUAGGGUUGGUGGCAGUUGGAGUUCAGCAAUAUUUGGAGGGCAAUAUUUGGAGGGCUACAGGUUCUGUGACCUCAUAAUUACCAGCCAAAAGCCCAUGAAGUAUGUACAGGGCUUAAGUUACAAUAAGCCUUUGCAAUGUGUGAUAGGACAAACAUUUUCUAUUUUGGGAAGAGAGAAGAAAAGCAACAGUGUUUUUGUUUCCUUUAGUUUAUCCACCGGGAUCUGGCAGCAAGGAACAUCUUGGUUGGAGAAAACUAUGUUGCAAAAAUAGCAGAUUUUGGACUGUCUAGAGGCCAAGAGGUUUAUGUUAAAAAGACAAUGGUAAGAAAGACCAAAAUAAAUGUGUCAGCUAUGUUUCUUGUGCAGAGGUAACAACUGCCCUUUGCUAUUACCUGUAAAAAAAAUGAAAUUCCUCUUCAGAAGCAGCAGAAAUUAAAAAUGGAGCUUCCUAUAACAUCUGAGAGGACAAAGGCCGCAGUCCUGUUGAAACCACUGGGACUUAACCCUAAAGUCUAAUUGUUUAGGACUGGGACAGUGGACAGUUAAGGGGGAAGUUUUCAGCUUUUGUUAUUUGUAGAUUUCACCCAUUAAGAGUUGGAGAACCAGCUGCUACAAGUGAGAAAAGUUGAGAUGAGUUUUGCAUUUCCACAAACCUCAGAGUUCAUCAGAGCAGGAGCAAGAUCAAAAUGCAAACAUCAUAAUGUACAGAUUUGAAAACCUUCACCAGUGCCACUCUAGAUGCAUCCCUGGUUCUCUUGAGUGUGGGGGAACAACAACAAACAAACAAACAACAAACAUGGGGGCAGUAGCCAUCAAUUUAAGGGCAGGGAGCCAGUCUGCAAAGGGCUGCUUACAAAGAGGUCUAUCGAAAUGAAGGGGAAAGCCAUUCUGGGUUAGGGGACUCCGGUAAUGCAUCAGAACGGAACUGUUGCGAGAGACUGUAACACCAUUCCAAAUUCAUUGUUCUAGGGAAGGCUUCCAGUGCGAUGGAUGGCGAUUGAGUCCCUAAAUUACAGCGUGUAUACCUCAAACAGUGAUGUGUAAGUGACUCUUUAUGUAUUUUCUGACUCUGUAAUGCUAAAGUGACCUUCAGUAAUGCAGAUGCAUUGGAAAGGUGGGAUAAAAAUUCAUAAAUAGAUUUGUAACAAUACAGUGGUACCUCGGGCUAAGAACUUACCGUAUUUUUUGCACUAUAAGGGGAAAUGUGUGUGUGUCUUAUGGAGUGAAUGCAGGCUUCGCGUUGCUUUUGCUGAAGCCAGGAGAGCAAGAGGGAUCGAUCCCUCUUGCUCUCCUGGCUUCAAGGAUAGCCUUCCGAAGCCUCCUGAGCAGAGCUUCACCCCGGUAUGGCUCCCCUUCAUCACAUACACAACCCAACAAGACAAUGACAAGAAUCCACCAACAACAUACAAAUCAAUAUGGCUAACCCGAUUCAAAAACACACACACACCCCACUCACACACGAAAACAAAGUUCAGCACAGCCAAUCACGAACAAGCAACCACACCCUAGGCCAACCACAAUUUCUCUCACCACCAAAAGAACACAAGCAAAUAGCAAAGAGAACCUGCACAAACGACGCUGACACAAAACCCCACACAUACAUUAAGCAAAAUAGAAAUAUCGCCUCCCGACCCCACCCCCACCCACCAUGGCCCCCUCCACCUCUUCUCCCCUUUUUUCUUCCUAAUGUAACCCUAAGGCCUCAACAAAUGAAACUGACCUAUGGAAAAUGUAACUUGAAAAGAGAGACAUUGCGCAUACCUUUGUAAACCAAGAAAACUUUAAUAAAAUGUUUUAAAAUAAUAAUAAUCUGCCUUCCAUGGAAUUCAAAAUUGUAAUGCAAUAGAAUGCAAUUUUUAAAAAAAUCAAUAUGGCUAUUUAAUGCGGACAUGCCUCAGGCCACCUGAUUGAAGCUUGUGGACCACUGGCAGCCCACAAACCACAGUUUGGGAAGCCCUGUGUUAGAGGUUUUAAGCAGAGGCUGGUUGACGGGUCUAUCUGAGAUGCUGUAGCAAUGGAUUUUCUCCAUUAGUGGAUUAGAGGACCCUUGAUGGAGAGGUCCUGUCCUGGUCUAGCAUAUGAUGCAAAUGGGAACAUAUAUUCCAAUGGUUACCUGGACAUUCCAUUGACUUGGCUGGGACCAACUACCAUUGGUCUCCUUCUCUAGGAUAGCAUACAAUGUUUGUCAACCCUCACGCUGACAAGACUAGACAGCCAAUGCGAUCCCAAUGGUUUUCAGAGCAAUAGUUGAGCCUUAAAUGCCAUGCAAGUUCCCUGUAUCAGCAUGUUUAGAGAAAGGCAAAGGUUUUACAUUUUAAGAAGUGAUUGUCCGAUUGUGUCCUUUUAUUUCUAUUACUUCUGCUUCAUUUCUUUUAAAAUAGAUGUGUCCAUGCCAGUUUUACUGGGGAAAAAACCAACUUAUUUUCAAGCACAUGGAGGUUUAUUUCUGGUUUUGUAUUUCAUUGUCUUCAUAAUAAAAAUAGAGAAGGGGGAGGCAAAAUGAAUAUUUUUUGUAAUGGCACAAGUAUCUUGGACCUGAUUUUAGCUAUAAUAAUUAUAGGUGUGUGCCUGUUUAUCUAGCACUAGAUAUUUUAUAAUACCCAGUCCUUCUAUAUACAGUGGUACCUUGGUUUACAACCAUAAUCUGUUCCAGAAGUCCAUUUGUAAAACAAAACAGGUUGUAACCAAAGGCGUGCUUUCACCAAUGGGGCCUCCAAAAGAAAUUUGUUCGUAAUAAAAAAAUAUGGGUUGUAAUCCAAAAGAAGGUUGCAAACCGGGACACGCACUUCCGGGUUUGACGUGUUUGUAAUCCAAAACGUAUGCAAACCAAGACGUACGCAAACCAAGGUACCACUGUACAAUUGUUACAGCUUUUCUUUUUAUUCUUUUCAUAGGUGGUCAUAUGGCGUGCUAUUAUGGGAAAUAGUUAGCUUAGGUAAGUGUGUGCAUUUAGCAUUAUUAUUUUGGUUAAGAAUAUGAGAACAAUAUAGCUGGGUCAGACCAAAGAUCCAUUUUGUCCAUUGCAGUAAUUUCUUCUUCUUCUUCUUUUUGCAUAUAAAUUUUUAUUGGUUUUUCAUUGGCUAUACAUAUAUACAAUCUAGAUUACAUAAGUUGCAUAUAACAUGGCUGUUACAAGAAUCAUAUAUAUAAUACACAGUUAUUUUGGGCUCCGCCGAGCCUCGGACUUCCCUUCACUUCAUUGGUAAGUAUCAGACAGUUUCCAAAGUCACGUGUUUUAUCUCCCUUACAUAUUUGCCAAACACUGUUAGAGUCACUCUAACCCUGCCAGAGUCAUCAAAAUUCUACACUUAUCUCUUAUAUACGUCAGAUAUUUGUUCCAAUUUUCAUGAAACUUCUGAUCAUCCUGGUCUCUUAAUCUUCCCGUUAUUCUAGCUAAUUCAGCAUAAUUUAUCAUCUUGAUCUGCCAGUCAUUUAUAGUAGGUAUUAACUCCAUUUUCCAACUUUAGCAUAGUUCUAGCGGCCGUUGUGGCAUAUAGAAACAGAUUUCUAUCUUCUUUUUUUAUUUCCUUGUCGACUAUUCCUAGCAGGAAAGCUUCAGGCUUUUGGGGAAAGGUAUAUUUAAAAAAAAAUUUAAGUUCGCUGUAAAUCAGUUCCCAAAAGCCUUUUACUUUACCAUUUACCAUUGCAGUAAUUUCUUAGCUUAUAUCCAGCAACUAUUCUUUAAAGAUACACUGCCUUUGAACAUGGAGAUUCAAUUUAGCUAGAAUCGCUCACUGGCAUUGAUUGACCUCUUCACUAUGAAAGCCAGCAGGUCUUGGUACGUUUGAAAGGGUGAAACUUUAUCAUGCCAAAAUGCAAGAAGCCCCAACUGUAUUGGCAUCCUGUUAGCCUUUGAAGACACACCUGUUUAGACAGGCACGCCUUGGAUUUCUCUACCCGAGUCUCUCCUGUUUUAAUUGCUGUGUUGUUUUAUUGUUUUAAUUAUGGACUUUCAUAAUGUUUGUGUAAUUGGCUUUUAUACUUGUAAACCACUAAGAAGUCUGUGAGCACUAUGUAAAUUCUUAAUAACACAGCUAAAGCCUUUGUGAGAGCUCUCAGCCAUAUAUGAUUGACAAAGUAUAAAAUGCAAUGACAAAAUGAUACAAAUCAGUCAUAAUUCAAAUCCAUCAAACCUCAGUACCAUCACUAUCUCUGGGGGCAAGGAGUUGUGUAAGCAGAUUAUGUAUUGUGCAAAGUGUUUUCUUUGGUCAGUUCUGAAGCUACUGGGUGACACUGAUUGGCUUAACCCACAACUGCAUAUAGUAUUUUUACCAAAUACUGGCAAGCCUUCAUACAUGGUUACUGGGCUUGGUGCAACAGUUGUUUAGACCUUGCCUAGACUAAUUACCUGUCUUGGUUUCACUGCUGAUAACUGUCACGGUCCGGUUCACAGACGAUCAAAGUCCUGGCUGGAGACGUCAGGACCAGGGGCAAGAUGGCAGGGUGGGAGCAGGAACGGGAGUCCAGAAGCCAGGAAUCAGGAAGCCAGGAGUCCAAGGGUCAGAGAGCCGGGAGUCAAGAAGCCAAGGGUCCGAGGGUCAGGAAGCAAGGAGUCAAGGGUCCAAAGAUCAAGAAGCAGGGAGUCAAGAAGCCAAGAUUCAAGGAUCAGGAAGCAAGAAGCCAAACGCAGCAAGACAGGAAGCGUGUUGCUGUGGCAAAGAGCUGAAGGGAAAUGCUGACCUUAUAACCCUUCCCAGCUCUUGCCACCAGGUACUGUGAGUUACCAAUCGGCCUCACCUGUGCAGCCACGCCUUGCCUCUUCAGAACAAACUUAGGAAGGCCCCAGGCCUGCAAAGCCCUACUGGUCACAGGGCCUGGCUCCUGCACACACUCCUGACAAUAAUAUUGUACUGGCCUGAAUAUAAGCCUCACUUUCCCCCCAAAUUCUGACCGUGAAGUUAAAGUGUGGCUUUUAUUUGCAACCUUAUGGUAUACAGCCAGGAACACAGGGCAAACAGCACCAGGAGUGUGGCAAAGCGGUGCCUACCCUGUGCAUAGUCCUCCGUCCUCUCCCCCAAGCAUCCUUAGGACACUAACCUGUUGAAUCUUCUGUUCUAGGAGGGACACCAUAUUGUGGGAUGACUUGUGCAGAACUGUAUGAGAAACUACCCCAAGGGUACAGACUGGAGAAGCCUCUCAACUGUGAUGAUGAGGUGUAAGUACUCAAUCUCACUGAAUGCCCUUUCCCCCUAUGCCCUCUUUGGCUGACGACUUCUCUUAGAAAAUACAUCUGUCAUUGACGGGUGUUGAAUAUGGGGCAAUUUGCUUCUGGUAAGUUAGGAGAUGACUCCUAGAAUUAAUUAUACUUUGACCAAUUUAGUUUGGAAAGCAGAAGGAAGUUGCUAACCAUGAAAGAAGUUGACGUUCUAGAGUGAUUAUCCUAAAGCAGAAACCACAAUUUCAUCUGUCAAUUGGCCCUAUAAAAAUUGAUUGUGUAAGAAAUGCUUUGCUGUUUUGAUAAUGUCUCACUUAGGUCAAGAGAAAGCUUCACUCCUUUCCCUACACACACCUGACCUGCUGUUUCUCUUGCUUUGAACCCUGUUGAAAUGAAUUGUGAGGGUUGUUUUUUUACAUCUUCUUUUAAUAACAAUACUGUUUGACCAGGAAAACCUCCCCCAGCCUCUUGCCAUUUGUGUUUCUACUCCAGGGACAUUGGAAAGCCUGACUUUUCUGCUUUUUGCUAUCAUGCUAUCUCACAGAUCGUCAUCGCCUCCCGCUUUUAAAUUUUGGGCCGCUUGCUGCGCAUUUGUAGAGAUUCAAGUGCUGUAAUGACGUUCUUCUUCUUCUUCUUCUUCUUCUUCAGUUAUGACCUAAUGAGACAAUGCUGGAGAGAAAAACCUUACGAGAGGCCGUCAUUUGCCCAAAUACUCGUAUCACUGAACAGAAUGUUGGAAGAAAGAAAGGUAAAAGAUGAUCACGGUUGUCAGGUUGGGGUAAAAAAAAAUUACUCAGCUCCCCAGCUCACGAGUUUGCUUGGUUGCCACUGUAAAUCAUUCCCCGCUGGUCAGCUCCUGUCCCAUGUGAAAACUUUGCACGUGUUUGUUUGGCCAUAUUCACAUAUGAUUCUUCACAUAAAAUGCGAUGAGAUAGUUAUUUGGGUGUACAGUUGUACCUUGGUUAUUGAAUGCCUUGCGACUCAAAACGUUUUGGCUCCCGAACGCCGCAAACCUAGAGGUGAGUGUUCUGGUUUGUGAACAUUUUUUGGAACCCGAAUGUCUGAAGUGGCUUCCAAUUGAGUGCAGGAAGCUCCUGCAGCCAAUCGGAAGCUGCACCUUGGUUUUUGGAUUCCAUUCAAAAACCAAAGUAUGACUGUACCUAGGAGUUGUUGUACAUCACCAGGUUCUAAAGGAGACUUUUGUCAGGUGGUCUAACCACUGGUCUGCAGCUAAUAGGUUAUGUCCUGACAUAGGCGGGUCUGAUCAGCAGGAGCAUCAACAGUAUCUUUUAAAAAUAGGUUUUUUUAAGGCAUCAACUAGGGCUAGGAUACCUGUCACCCAACAAUUGUUGUUGUAGUCCACAAUCAGGGUCGAUGCAACUUGUUAACCAAACAACAGCUGAAGGUCCUGCAGUUCUGGCAUAAACUGGUAGCCUAAAACUGUUUUCGAGUCCUGUGACCAGUGCAGCUCUUUGUGACGCAUUAGGGAUAAAAGGACACGAUUUGGGCUUGGGAGAUGGAUGUUAUCUGCAACAGAGAAAAUUUCUAUGUGCUGCUGAGGGCAAAGAGAAAAUAUUCUGAGCCUAUUCUUCUUAAUUGUAAUUCCAGACUUAUGUGAAUACAACCCUGUAUGAGAAGUUUACCUAUGCAGGCAUUGACUGUUCUGCGGAAGAAGCUGCUUGAGAUGGAAAAUCAUCAGUUAUUUAUCGUUUUGAGCAACCUCAAAGGAAGAUGAAAUGUGCUGAUGUACAAAACUGCAUAGAACGCUUUCUGUACAAUACCUUCUUAGCUAUACACACACUUUGUGAGUGAGUCCUGAAUCAGUAUGCUGUAGGAAUGUGUAUGUAUAUGUGUACAUAGGUAUGUUUGUGUGUUUAUGUGUAUUGUGUGCAUGUGCACUAUAUAUAUCUAUAUAAAUCUUUUGUCUGCCUAUACAUGCACUCACACACAUACACUUUUUGGAAAGUGACUGAAAUAAAUACAUUUUACAUUUCAUAGACUUAUGUAUUUUCCCCCCUAUAAUGUUGGAAUUUACUGCAAGCAAUAUAGUCACACUGCAUACUUAACCUCUGCCAAUCCUGUGAGCCACUGCAAGCAAAACACAAAACACGGUAGGAAUGUAAAGGAGACAGUGAUUUGUCAUGUAUAUUUGUGUUGUAGUACGCGGUGUUCUUUCUGCACCCAUCUUCUCAAAUAUUGUAUAUUUGCUUAUUUUCUUAUCAAAUUUAUAUCAUGUCCCUCCUCCUGGAGUAGUCCAGCGUGGCACACACAUGAAUAAGAAAAAACCAUUUAAACUUCUAUAAACAGUUUACAACUGCUUUAAAAGAAUCAUAGGUUAUUUCAGGAUUGGCCUUUAACAGACAUUCUAGCCAUCAAAUAUAUAGGGUGAACAGGAAUGUUUUUAGAUUCUUCCCAAAAGUUAGUGAGAGACUUGCUCCAAUCCAGCUUGGAUGAUCCAGUGUUGCUCUCCUAGGCUCAUUGGACUAACUAGCUAAAACUUUUAAGUAGUGCUGUAUGCUCAUCUCAAGCUGAUACAAUGGUACCUCGGGUUACAUACGCUUCAGGUUACAUAUGCUUCAGGUUACAGACUCCACUAACUCAGAAACAGUGCUUCAGGUUAAGAACUUUGCUUCAGGAUGAGAACAGAAAUCGUGCUCCGGCGGUGUGGCGGCAGCAGGAGGCCCCAUUAGCUAAAGUGGUGCUUCAGGUUAAGAACAGUUUCAGGUUAAGAACUGACCUCCGGAAUGAAUUAAGUACUUAACCCGAGGUACCACUGUAUAUACAACUGAGAACUGGAACAUGGACUUGACAGAAAUUUCAGUAAUGGACAGCCUUUGACUCUUUAUUUAAAAAUAAAAAUUACAUUUUCACUGCUGCCUUUAAUCUCUAAUUGCAAUUUAACUUAUUUUGUUCCAUAAGAUUAACAAAUAGAUCAAAGCCAUAAAGCAGUGACAGUGACAAAUUGCUUACUUAUGGCCACCUAUGCAACUGCUAGAGAUCUGCUAACCAAAUGAAUGGACUGCAUAAUGUUUAACAUUUGUUUUAUUUAUAUCAGCUUUUUUGAGUUUUUAUUUCAGCAGACAGUGACAGCCAGAGAACAACUUUUUUGCUUAGGACACACAGAAGUUUCAUAAAGGGAAAAUAAGUACAGGAUUCUUCAUAAAAAGAAAAUAAGUACAGUAUUCUUUCCAAACUGCCAAAAUUGGGAAAUGUUCGCUGUUUACAUUAACAAUUCUGACUAGCACAAAGCUCCCAUAAUCAACUCUAAUAUUAUAUUGAACAAAAAUAUCAUAAUCCUGAAUAUCAUUAACCCAAACUUCCAGCAAAACUAACUAGUGCAUAUACUUACCACAGUACUCUUUUGAAUUAGAACAAUAACAGGGGUAGAAAACUGUAUUUCACUAGGAAAUGAUGAAGAAAGGCUGUUGUUGCAAAGCAUUAAUAUCUUCUGCCUUUAGUAUCCUCUUUUACUUUCCAAAGCAUAAGUUCCAUACAAGCAGUUGCAUCUUCACUACAGUCAUGACCACCAACUAGAAAAAAAUAACGUUCAUGAAUAUGCAUAGUAUUUAAAAGAUUAGAAAGUUGGUACUGAAUAUUUAACAUUAAUAGUUGUAGUAAUAAA